GGGAACUGCGAUUUCAAUCAUAAUUCCCUGUGCAGCUGGAGGGAUGAGAAAAUACUGGAUCACUUUGACUGGCAAAUAAGAAAAGGACCUACUCCAAGCUAUAACACAGGACCGACAAGUGACAAUUCAGGUGAAAACAAAUUUAAAAUUUUUAACACUGCUUCAAUGCAGGUUUCAAGUGAGAUGUUUUCACGGACUUUCAGCACCCGAUCUUCUCCGACUUUAUCUUCAUCAUAUAUUAAACAAUUAUUACGUGAGGUUUUUGUGAUAUCCGCAAUAAUCAAAGUCGAGGUAAGUGUUAUCAACCGAACCGAAGGCCGAGGCUGAUAACACUUUCGGAGACCUUGAUCAUUUAGGAUAUCACAAAACCGAAUCUAAUAACUGUUUCAUUUUACAUUGUUUUAAAGACAAUAUUGACAAACACACCGUCGCAAGGAACCUUAAUUGAUACGAUUGUUAUUGGAAAUCAUGCCUUGCGCGCGUAAAUUAGUCAGUUAUCCGCAAAUAACUAACAAAUCUGUAGCCUAGGUUCCGCUGAUUUCCAAAAUUAGCUGUAGGCUCUUAGCCAACGAAAAGACAGAUAAUGAACACAAUGUAUAGUACUUUUUCUAAUCUCCCUCCCCUUUUGUAUAAAUAAACGUACAAGUAUCUGAAUUUUCAGCAAAAUCCAAGAUAUCACCCAUGUUAAGUUGAGUGGCAAGUUUGUAGUAACGUCAUGCCCUUAUUGCUUGUUUCUUCGUCCGAAGAGAGUCCCUUUAUUGUUUCACUCAUGAUAAAAUAAGCCAUAUAAAAAGCUGGUUUAAUCGCUUAAAGACUUCUUACAGUGCUUCAAGAAGCCACUGUUUUGGUCGCCAUGUCCAGUAGGAAAGACUUUUUAUAGUCUAAAUUGAGAUCGUUAUACAUUUGCAUAAGACAUGAUUCAUGCUCCCAUAAUUUCCUGUUUUCACCCAGAGAGCAUAAGAUGUCGCGUACUCCUCCAACUUUAAUUGCGAUGGUUCAGCAGAAAUUUUGACUAUUACCGUUAUCAUUUCAAGUAAUUGACCACUCCAGAAAAUAUCAGAACAUAAAAUUUUGCAUAAGCAUUGUCUUCAGUUUCUCUUAGGAGUUAAAAUAGCCGCAAGAGAAACUGGAAAAAAUUUUGGGGUGACAAACAGAAGCAUUAUAUGGUAUGUUAUGGUAGUUCUGGAGUGGUCAAUACAGGGCAAAGGGUCUUAGAGCACUGAUUCAUUAAACAAUGUCAAGAUUUUCUUUCUUUGAGCUAAUUUGUUCCCCACAAUUCCAAGGAAACGGAUCAUAUAUCCACAUCGAAACGUCUCUCCCUCGAAAGUACAACGAGAGAGCCUGGCUAGUAAGUCCUUGGAUAACAGGCGCCAAGCGUAUGACUUUUUUCUACUCCAUGUAUGGGGACACCAUCGAGUCCUUAUCUCUGUUGGUCAGAUCUAGAGUCAACGGUAGUGCGUCCAGAGUCUGGAGUCGUUAUGGAAACCUUAAGACAAGCAAUUGGACAGAGGGAUGCAUUGCUUUUAACUAUUCCGGAAACUACCAGGUUGGAUUACGAACUCGUUAUACAAUGUUCACGCGUGUUCUUCUAAAUUCCAGUAUUCAACAUUAAAUACAAAAACACAAAGUAACUUAUUACUUAAGUCCUACUGAUCUCCACCUCCCAUAAAAAGCUAAAAGUUUACUCAUGUUUAUCAAAACCAUAUAAUACAAUACUGAACAUAUAACAACCGCCAAAGUUGUUUAUUAAUUAAGAGCUACUGGUCACCACCUUAAGGAAUUCAGUAUCAAGUACACCAAUGAAUUUUAAAAGUUGCGAAAUGUCUGGAUUACCUGGGAAAGGGAACUAAUACAAACGUGCUGGGGCUGUCUACAUUUUUGAUGAUAGGUCAGAACUUACAAUAAAUACAUGUACUUUGUAUACCAAUUCUAUCUAAAAGGGAAUCAUGGUAGGAAAAUGCAUACUUAUAAUUUUUCUCAGAAAAUAGGACAUUUGCUGGUGGACAGGUGCUUCAUUUUGAAAUAUUACAUCUUUUCUUAAUUGCUUACUCGAAGAGCGAUGCAGUACGUUCUGUAUGUGUUAACCAUUUCAGGUUAUAAUCGAGGGUACAGCUGGUCUUUCGUACACAGGCGACAUCGCUGUCGAUGACAUAAGUUUCAGUAGCAACUUAACAUGUGGUACUGGAAUGAAACUCCUCUAUCCUCAAAUGUUUGGAGGUAUGUUUUCGUCGAUCCCCAAUCUGUGGCGAAGGUCUCUCGAGGUAAAACUUUAAUUUACAACACUAACAAUUUUGUACACGUACUGUUUCUUCGCAAUUCAGUGCCCUCGGCGUUUAUUUAAAAACCUGCAUAUUCACCCCGGCAUUUAAUCGCAGGGCGGCGCUUAUAACGAGGUGCCGAAUGCAAUUUCAAUAUUUAUUUCUAACAAACAAAACAGCGAGUAAAAUGAGAAAAGGUAAUCUGUUUGUCAUUUACAUUGGCUUACAAACAACUGCCACCACCACCACCACCACUACUAAAUUUAUAACCCUAACCAUCCCUCCAUCAAUAUUGGGUUCCUUGCAAUGCCGCCACCACUUCAACCACCACAGUUGUUAGUUUUCCUGCGUCGACACCACCACAUUUCUAUUGGGUUUUUCGUCUACCACCACCACCACCACAUUUAUAAUGCUUUGCCUCCGCUGCUACUAGCACCAUUACAAAUCUAUAAACCUCUGCAAGCCUCUACGAAUAGCCAAUUUUUCAUGGCUCGCGUACUGAAGACUCAGCCGUGGUUUCCUUUAAUUUUAAGCUGUUUUUCGUGCUCAUCCGGGCAAGUUUCUCUUUCAGACACCCACUCCACAACAAUCAAUGUAUUAAACCAAAUCCUGUAAAAGUUCGUUAAGGAAUAUAUUUCCAACCCCCAAGAAAAUAAUACUGAGGAAAUUACUGUCUUAAAAGGAUGCUCAUAAUAAACUAUGACAUUAUCGAUGUAAACGUAACGAGAAAACUUUUAAAACUUGAUAAACCAUAUUUUAUUCAUGAUAUCAAGGAAACUAACGAUUAAUGAAUUCCUGCCCUCUUUAAUGAGGUUCCUUCCAAAAAGGGAGUUAAACAUCCCCACUAUACUAAUUGAAGGCUCUUCACGUAUUUCUCUUGAUACCUUUAUUUGGGAGGCUUUCUCAAGCCGACAUAAUUUUUAGCACUCUGUCAACACAGUUACGUCUACAUCUUAGAGGUGCCUUAAUUCGUCAAUCAACAGUUAUCUCAUGCUACAUCUGUCCAUCUAAUAAGAGAAGGUCAUUGCAGCCUUCUCAAGAGAGUAUUUCUACAAUUAUAAAAAAAAAAUGACCAAAAGUAAACGCCGGGGGCGUUUAACUCAAAAUAGGCUUUGUUGAGUUUGCGUUUAAUCGGGGCCUUACGUUUCAUCAAGAAAAUAAGGUAAGAGUUGUUGGGAUUAUAUUUACACUGGCCUCUCUGUUGUUACCUUUAAUAGUGCUAUUCAUUUAUUAGUAUUUUUUCGAAAUUUUUAUUCCAGCAAACUGUUCCUUUAACAAGAGUUUCUGCGGAUGGCGGAAAGUUGCAUGGGACACUCAGUUUCAUUGGUCCAUAAGGAAAACCAGAACCCCAAGCUACGGAACUGGGCCCAGAUCCGACCACACUGGUAUCUAAAUAUGUUCCAAACACGUUUUUUAGACAAUCAGAGAUAGAAACAUUAUCAACAAUUUUUUAUUGAGGCUGACUAUAACAUGAAAAAUUUUGCGAACGAGAUGGGUGUCCUUGACCAAGGCGAAUAACACCCUUCUUCAUAUCAACAAGUUCGAAUCCAAUAACUGUUUUAACCCUCGGACGUACACGCAAUCAAAUUCAUACCCCCACCGUGGUACAAGCCGGGGGUGGAUGGAACCCCUACCGGGGGUUUUUGAUAUGUUGCAGUAUUUUAAAACGGUUUUACCAUUAGUGGAAAGCCUUUGAUCUUCUUAACAAGAUGAGGUAUAUUUUAGGGGUGGUGACGCUGCUGGAGGCCUCUGACGUCAUCAACAAUGGUCGCCAUCUUGACCGCCACCUUGGAUUUUACCAAGAAUUAGAAAUCAACUUAAAACCGCGAGAAAAGAUAAUUUUUUGUGCUCUGUAUGAAAAAUAACACAUAAAUAAGCACUUUGCAUGAUUUUAGUCAGAAGAUUUACUUUUGUUGUUGAAAAAAGUUGAAAAAAACAUGUAUUUUCACCCAAAAUUGGCUUGACCACCUGCUACUUAAGACGUCAUAUCUCGGAACCAUAGCAACUGACCAUCACUAAAGUUGUCUCAAAAUGUGCGCGGGGGAUGAACAAGCAGCUACUGAAAACGUCAGGUACUGAUGUUUUAUCCUCUAGGAAAAGAUUCAGAAAAAAGUUAUGGGGGUUGGCAUCCUCCCCCCUCCCCCGCCUUGUACGUCCGAGGGUCAAUAGUUAAUCACUCUUACCUCUAUCCAAGUAAAGUGCCCGUCUCCGUACCAUUCGGGUUCCCGGCAGUUUCAGUAUGAAGGGGUGUUUAUUCUGUCAGACAUUUUUCAACUAGCUGUUGUUAUCUGUUGAUUAGUAUGUUUGCUAUUCUUACUAUGUUCGGGGGAAGUGGUCCGGAUUUUUUUUUCUUCCCAUAAUUGAUGAAAUCUUACGCCAUUUUGUCUUGCUACGCUACCCUGCCUUCCGCUACCCCCCUUUUCUUUCGUUAUUUUUACAGCUGACGUCAAUUGUAGUAAUAUCGGGGAAAUCCUCCAAAUAUGGUCAGCUUUUUUGAAAAAGUAAUGUAUAAUCGCAUGAUUGAAUUCGCUGAGCAGUAUAAUAUACUACACCGCUGCCAGUUUGGAUUUCGUAAAAACUAUUCAACGUCCCAUGUUCUAAUCCAUCUGAUAAAUAGAAUCUCUUCGGCAAUUGACCCCCGUGAAACUACUGUAGGUGUGUUCCUAGAUCUCUCCAAAGCUUUCGACACUCUUGAUCAUCAAAUCUUAUUCACCAAGCUGGAGCACUAUGGUAUCCGUGAUGUGGCCCUGCAGUGGAUAAAAAGCUACUUUUCUCGCCGUCAGCAAUUCGUCCAAAUUAAUCAAACUUGUUCCUCAAUGCAGACGGUUAAGUGUGGAGUUCCUCAAGGAUCCAUCUUGGGCCUUUUAUUCUUCAUACUUUACAUAAAUGAUCUUCCUAAAGCCUCCAAAUUAACUGGGCGUCUCCUUUUUCCUGACGACAAGAGUAUCUUAUUUUCACACUCUAAUCCCAACUACUUAGAGAAUGUGCUUAAUAAUGAGUUACUAAACAUUGAUGUUUGGUUAAGAUGCAAUAGCUCUCAGUUAAUAUCAAAAAGACAAAUUCUGUUACCUUUAGUUCAAGUCAGAGGAAACUCAAUCACAGUUUUUCUCUCUCUUUUGGAGGUCAACCUUUAAUUUAAAGCAAUGCAACUAAAUUUCUUGGGGUGUACCUAGACGAACAUCUUACUUGGAAAUAUCACAUAAACUUUGUUUCUAAGUUUCUACUUAUCUUGUAAGACCAAACUCAUGCUGUACUACACAUUAAUUUAUCCUUAUAUUACCUAUAAUUGUAACUCCACGUGGUCGUCUACUUACGUAUCUAAUUUAAACAGAAUUUACUAUUUACAAAAGCGGGCUGUGUGAGCUAUUACAAAUUCAGAAUAUCGAGCACAUACUGCUCCUUUAUUCUCCAAAUUGGAAAUUCUGGAUAUUUUCCAAGUCAAUACGCUCGAUACUGCUAAAUUUAUGUUUCGCUACCACAAUAAUCUGCUGCCUCCACUCUUCUGCAAUCUGUUUAUGACAAACAGUGAAGUCCAUAGAUAUGACACAAGAACAUUCAGUAAUUAUCGAAUACAGUUCCUACGAUCGUCAAGAAAUUCAUAAUACUUUUCCAAGGACCUGGAAUCUGGAACUGUCUUCCUGCAUCUCUUACAAACUUGUCAAGCUUUUCGAUCUUUAAGAACCAAAGCGCUAGAGUUUUUAUUAAAAUAGUAACUGAAAUAGUUUAGCCGCACUUCCUUCGCGGCCCUUAUUUCUUAUAAUAUUGUGAUGUCGAGGUGGCCACUCCUAUAAGCCCGGUGUUUUCUUGAGGUCUCCUCGCCUAACAACCUGCUGUAUCCUGUAAAAUUUGCUGUAACAAAAAGGCUAAUAGAUGAUGAUGAUGAUGAUUAUUAUUAUUCUUGAAAACAGCCAUUUUGUAAUGCCGACUAAGCUUCAUUUGCUCAUUUGUAGGAGGAGGAAACUACAUCUACAUUGAAGCUUCGUCUCCCAGAAGGCCAAAUGAUAAAGCAAGGUUAUUGAGUCCACUUCUACAAGGUCCAAAAUGUCUUCACUUUUUUUACCAUAUGUACGGACGUUAUAUAGGAACCCUUGAUGUAUCUCUUUACCCAAAUAAAGUCCCAAAAAAAGACUGGGAUAGUGAAUUGGUCACCUUAUGGAGCGUAUCAGGAGGACAAGGGAACAGAUGGUUGAAGGCCGGUGUCAAUAUAGUUUACAAUGGCGAGUUUCAGGUAGGUUGAAGGAACAAGGCGAAUUGAAUAAUGCACAAUACAUUGAAUGGGAAAAAAUACUUGUGGACUAUUGUGGACUUUUUGGACUAUUGCGUCAACACUUUAUUAAGCAGUGUUUCAAAACGGAGGUAUCCAUGGACGUUUUUCGCUUUUUAAUGUGGACAGGCUUCAAGAAAAGUUUCAAAACAUCGCUUUUCUUACAUACCGCAGUAAAAACAUGCAUAUUCACUCUAUUGUUUUUGUUCGUUAUAGCUCGAUCGGUUUUGAAGUUAUACGCCUCAUUUGCAUCCCGUAAUCAUAGAGCCAGCUUGUUCUAGGGUCUCAGCAGGAUUCCGGACGAGCAGUGUAAACUGAUCUCAGUGAAAAAGUUUCCUUCUGUUCAUUUUCAAUUGUUUUAAAAUAACAUUGACAACUUCUACCGAUUCUUAGAUUUCUCUACUUUGAUAAAAUGUCCCUGUAGGUUGUUUUGACAGCAAUUGUCGGACUGAGCUUUCAAGGCGAUAUUGCUGUAGAUGACGUUUCGUUUACCGAUAGCUUGUGUGAUGGUAAGUCAUAAAUUUAAUUAACCGAGUAAUUAAACUGCCCAGGAAGUCAGUCAUAAAAUUGGCAAUGAAAUUGUUGUUCAUAAUUUUGUUUAUUUCUUAUUUUUUGAUUUUCUAUUGCUGUAGAUGACGUUUCGUGUACCGAUGGCUUGUGUGAUGGUAAGUCAUAAAUUUAAUUAACCGAGUAAUUAAACUGCCCAGGAAGUCAGUCAUAAAAUUGACAAUGAAAUUGUUGUUCAUAAUUUUGUUUAUUUAUUAUUUUUUGCUUUUCCUAAGGGGACUGUAACUUCGAUAAACACUGGUGUUCUUGGAAAGCAAACACCAAUUUCAGCUUUAAAUGGACAAGAGGGUAUGGCAAGACACCAAGUGUAGAUACCGGGCCAAGAAGAGAUCACACUACAGGUAAAGUUCUUCUUUUCUAAAAUGGUCAUGUUUCAUUACAUUCUAUGAUAAUGAAGAGAUAACUUUGUCAAAAAAAGAAAGCAAAACUAAAGAUCAAGAAAAAACGCAGUGGUUAAAUUGCAGUGGAGGAUAUCUUCAAUAUUCAAACAAGCUAAUUGGUUAUCAUUGUCAAGGCUUUUAAAACAAUUUAUGAUAAUAUCGGUGACUUCACCCGUUCUGGAGUGUUGAGGCAUAAAUCCUUAAAUGACCACCAGAACCGAAACAUUGAAGCAUCGAGUCAUGAUAAAGUAGCUGAAGGGUACGUUUUUAAGGCUCAAUUGGAAAAUCUUUGAAAAAACAACUUUCAACCAGUUUUUCACAAGAGGAUUUAUGUAAAAAUACGUUACUUCAUCAUCUCAUACUAUAAUAGGACAAAGAGGAGCGAUCUCACAAUCUCACUGCAAGUAUUACAACUCUAACAAGUGUAGUAUAAGUCCUUUGCUUCUGUUACUUAGGCAAUGGUCAGUAUAUUUACAUAGAGACUUCCGCUCCACGAAAAGCAGGAGACACCGCUCGGUUAGUUAGCCCACUAAUGAGGGGCCCGCAAUGUAUGACAUUCUACUACCACAUGUAUGGUGAUACCAUGAGCUGUAUUGUUAUAUACAUAAAACGCCAAGACUCAAACAAGUUGAAACCGCUUUGGAUAAAGUCGGAAAACCGUGGAGACCUUUGGAUCCGAGGGCAAAUAAGUAUCAACGAGUCUUCAGUUUAUCAAGUGAGUCACAUUUGCAUAUUUAUUUGUUUGUUUUGUUUAUUUCUUUUUUUCCAUUUUUUUUCUUUUGUGAAAGCCACUUGCUGUACGAUAUACUUAUGCGUCCGAUUAACAAAAUUGCGGAACUAAAAUUAGCAAUAAAAAUCGCACAUUUCGGGACUACCAGACGGACACAGAGCUAAGUAGGUUUUUUACGUUUCCAAAAUACCAAUGGAAGACAUUUGUAGCUAUCUCUCUAGGAACUUUUAUUUCUUCUAUGGAAGGAGACUAAGACAGUUAAACAGUCUUUACACAGGCCUCUUUUUCACCAGUUUCGCAAUCCUCUUUGUUGUUGCUGUUGUUGUUGUCUUGGUUGAAACAGCUUCUGUCAUACUUUCUCGAGGCUUUCACUCGCUCGAGCUGACUAAGCUCGCAAACUUUUUCAAGUCUACGCGCCAUGUAAGGCAAGAGAAGGAAAUCACCUUUCCCUUGACGUCAUACACGUACUUGCAUUCAGACAGAUAAUUUGCAAGGUUCUAGCGGGCUUAGUAUUCAGAACAGGGAGAAGUAGUAUAGGGGCGCAACGACUUUAUUUUUGAAAUAGAAUCUCACUAUUUUUUGAAGUAGAAUACAUUUAUGCUAGUGACGUCAUAGCCUCAUGAAUAACACGCCAAGCGGUGGUGGUGGUGAAGGAAAAGCAAUAGAAUUGUGAUGGUUAUGGUGGUGGAGGAAAACCAAUAAAAAUGAUGGUGGAGGUGUGGAGGAAAAAUGAUGGAAUGUGAUGGUGGUGGUGCUGGUAGAGAGAAAACAAUAAAAAUGUUGUGGCGGUGGUGGUAAAGGGUAAGACAUUACAAAUGUGGUGGUGGUAGUGCUGUGGGAGGGAAAACAAUAGAACUAUAUGGUGGUGUUGGCGGUGGUGGAGGGAAAAACCGGAUCUACCGCAGUGGACAAUGAAAUUGGCCGAAAAUAGAACUUGCAUGGUUACGUUAUAGCUCAGUGAUUUUACGUCACAGGUGCGUUUGCGCUUAUUCCUUCGACUACUCGAAUCAACCGACAAAUUAUUUUCUUAGUUUUUACUCAACAAAUAAAAAAGCAAGACAUUCAUCGAUCUGGAACCUAAGAUAAAUCCCCUGAAAAUAAUGCAUGACCUUAUCUUACAGUAAAUCCAUCGCAUGUUAUUCAUGAGAUAAAGACAAAAGGCUAUGACGUCAUUGACGUUAAUCUGUUCCCCUUCAAAGAAAUGACAUUCUACUUCAAAAAUGAGGUUAUUUCGGUUCGCUCUUUACUAAUGGGAGACGUCUGCAUACUUAUUAUCUCUCAAGUCACAAACAACAAUCAAUAUUUUCAAAUUUUGGAUUCACCUUGAAAGUCAACCCCCUGACAACAUCGCUAAACUUUCGUUAUACAUAUCAGAUAAAAUGACCUGACAAAGUAAAUGAGUUUAGGUAAAUAAAAUAGAUCUUUUAUGUACACAACUUAAUAUUAAUAAGAAAUCAGUUAACUUUAAAACCCUUCUGCUUUCCUGUCAAAGGCUGAAAAUAAUUUGUCAGUACAACUAAAAAACCACCAACUCAAUUUGAUAAGUACAAAUAAAAAACUAAAAUUCUACUCCAUCUUCAAAAAUGAAAUAAAAUACUCUGAAUUCAUCAAUCAUAUCCGGAAUCCUAAACAUUGACGUGUCGCCUCCAAAUUUAGAAUAGGAAAUUAUAACUUAAAAAUCGAAACUGGAAGAUUUACAAUUCCCGAAAUUCCUAAAGAUCUUUUGUGUUUGCUGCAAUCUAAAUUCAGCUCGAAAAUGAAAUGCACGUGGUAAUUCACUGGGACCUAUGUGAUGAUUUGAGAAAGACUGCCCCAAAAAAACAGACUUUAUGAUGUCACUUAUUUAAAUAUGUAUGUUGGAAAGAAGGGAUUUCUUCUCUGUUAUACUGUUUAUUUGUGUCAGUAUUUUGUUUUUUCUUUUCUAAGAUAAUUGUUGAUGGUGUUAGAGGUAUCAGUUAUCGUGGAGACGCGGCACUCGACGACUUUUCAUUCCAAAAAGGAACUUGUAACCAAACAGGUAUUUACAGAACAGUAAAAAAAUAACAAUUAUAAUUGCCUUUUAAUGUGUAUUUGUCUGAAAAAUUUUUAUUUUCCCAGUCGAGGCUUUGUAUUCUGCUUUAGCUAGGCAUUUCAAAAAAGUAGUUUUGUGAAAGGUUUGAAAGAGUUCAUAGGUCGUUGGUGUGUGAUAUAGACGAUCAUUCCAACUUUACAAAAUUUUGUUGUGUUGUUGUGCUCUUCUGAUUUUUUUUCUGAUUUUUUUUUCUAAAUAUUUUUAUCCUCGAACUAACUUCAGCCUAUUCCAGUAGCAAAAUAAACGAAAAAUGUGAUGGUCACAAAUAAUAUUCGCUGACACGGCAUUUGCCGUUGAGAUUUCAUGUAUACCUAUCCUUAGUUAUUUUACAUUUCUUGACAACUUCGAGUUUGCUUUGUAUCAAUGACUUAUACUUCUGUGAAGCUACUUUUUUGCUCAAUUGUAGGUGAAACCACCUACCACGUUUCCUCAUACGAAGGCAAAGUCUACCGAAUCUUCUCACAACCCUACGGACACAGUCUCUACUCCGAAGAAUUCCGAUUCACUCUCAAACAUCCCCUGGGAAAUCCGAAUGAGGUAGCGCAUGUUAUCUACUCUCGAGAGUCCAGAGGACACAGUUUCAUUGAAUCAAAUCUGGAUCUAUCUAACCAGGGAAACUUUCCUAUCGAUGUGGUUACUCUAAGUGAUGGACACGACGAACGACAUAAAACCAAGGUUUAUUCGAUAAAAAGGCAUCGUUAUGGAACUAUGCUUAGCCUGUAUGACCAUAAAAAUGUGGAUUGUUGCAGUAAAGAUGCCGUUUUUUCUUUCAGUGCAUAUAAUGUUUCCAGAACAGGUAAGAAACAAGAGAAAAGAAAUGCAUUUACAGGGUGUCCCAAAAGUUCCUUCCCCUAAUUUUAUGCACUAUAACUUUUGAUCAAAACUUUAUUUUUACAUGAAAUUUCUAGAGGAUCUUUAUUUCUCUAUCGGGUACAUGUAUUCAGAACUUCAGCCCUUUUUGUUUCUUUCUUUUUUUAUCACAUUCUGUAGCCGUUGCGGCAUGGAGUGGGAUACAGGGUGUAGACCCACAGAUGAUCCAUUUUGAGCUUUUUUAUCACCUGGUGCGCAGGAGCCAGUUCAACCCCAAACAAUAUUUUUUUAGUUUAGGCAGCUAAAAAUAUAUAUUUUGGGCAUUCAUCCAAAAAAGAUAAUCAUCCUGGCCCCCUUUCACAGCAAGGUGUUUGUACUUCUUUAUAAAUUUGAGAAGAGCUGGGCGUUACUUGGCAGACUAAGCAGAGGGUUUUUUUGCCAUCUCAGGGGCCUCUAAUUUUAAACAUUCGCUUUUCAUGACCCUUUCUGGACUUGGCUUGCUAACUAUGUGAGAGCUUUCUCGUCGAGUCUCCUCUGUUGUAUCUAGCUUUCUUUAAAACUAUUUUAGCUUCUUUAUUCAGGGCUUUUGGUCUUCCCCUUCGUUUCUUGCCUUCAAAACCUUCAUUCCUCCAUGAUCAUUUUACCACCCAACAGUAGGAUUUUUCCAGCUUUUUAGUAGUUUCUACAACAGAUAAGCCAGUAAAUCGAGGUAUACAUGGUUAUGCUCUCACGUAGCUGAAUGUUUUUGCGUUAAGGGGGUUUAUCUUUCGUAAUAUUCACAAAAAAACCAGGAAGGAGUUCGAGCAAUUCGGGAUAUAAAAUACAAAAAAUAUGUGGCUGGAAAAUAUACUCGCGCACGCGCACCCUUGACGCGGAAGUACACGAAUGGAAUAUUCGAGUCAAAAGAUGGCACAACAAGUACGAAAAUAGUGAAUUAGAUUGGAAGACACAACUUUUGUUUAAAUGAUUUGCUUACCAAGUCCAAUCGUACUAAAAUACAUACUUAUAAAGUAGACGAACGAACUUUUGGGACACCCUGUAGUUUGGGCUUGUUGUUCCUUCCUGUGGGUGACAUAGCCUGAGAAAACAGCCGAUAUUUCGGGAUGCCACCGCUUCUUUCCCCCCGAAAUGACGUCUGAGGAACGACAGCACAAGUUCUGUACUGAUGACGUGUCACUAUCCAGAUUUGGGUUGUGCUUCUGAUAGGGUGAAGUAAAGUUUCAACUAAGCAUUACCAAAGAAUCACGCAUAGCAUCAGUAUGGAAUUUCUGCGCUCGUUCCUCAGACGUCAUUUCGGCGAGAACCAGUGGUGACGUCUCGAAAUGUCGGUCGAUUUCUCAGACUACGUGUGGCAGUAAAUUUGUUUUACUUUUAUGCAUGGCAUGAAAAAAGUAGUAGUUCUGGGAGUUUAUAGAUACAGAUACAGAACACUUGUUGUGGAAGGUUUUAGCUAAAAGUUGCUUAAGGGGCUUUAAUUUGCUGUGCACCUCUGAUUUGUUUACUUUUGCAGGAAACCUAUCAACGUCUAACUGCUCACCUGGUUGGUACAAAUCUGGCCAUGCCUGCUUUCUUUUUUACUUCUUGUAUUCCAAAACGUGGAGCUCAGCACGGUCAUUUUGUCACAAACAGGAUGCCGAUCUCGCAGUUGUCAUUGACGCCAGGAUGUUAAAACAGCUAGUCAAUCAGAGAAAAGAAAUGACUUUAGAUGACCGCGAAUUAUUCCUUGGGUUGAGUGGUCGGUUAAACUGGGCCUGGUCGGAUGGGACAAAUAUCUCAGAGACAAACAGAUUUUGGGGUCCAGGAGAACCUAGUGGUGAUGGCAAAUGCGGCUCGUUUUUAAAUGCUAUCAGUUGGGAUUCCGCUUGGAAGGGGUUUGGAUGGCGCUGGAAUGAUCUAGAUUGCACCCGCGUCCGUAUGGGAUUUAUCUGUGAAGAGCCAUUAGGUAGGACAACAAAACUUAAAAGACCGAAACAUUUUUGCACUCAAAAUACGCACAUUGCAAAGAAAUAGCACCUGGGACACCACGGAAGUUUGACUUAAUUGCAUCAUAAUGAUAUACAUUGUAUAUUGUAUAAGAAAUACUGUAACUUGCUCAAACGUCAUAGCAAUCUAACCUGUUAAUACGCCUAUCCAACCUUAUCUCGUACAGCCUUCUGAAAAAUUACGAUUCUUUGAUAGGCAUGGAUUUGGUGGUUUUAGUCUAGUUUAGAGUAGCAAAAUUCAGUACAAAUGGUCUGGUAUAGGUUAAGGGUUCUAGGGUUUCAGCAGUUACUCCCUCCCACAAUUCUGGGAGGGAGGCUAGUAUCAGGAUUAGGAUUUAGGCGCUUUGGGAACGCACCAUACAAAUUCAUUGUCAGGUUUACCACUGAUUACACACUAUAUGAAUUUUUCGAUUGAUUUUAUAGCUGUGCCUCAUCCUUCAGCCUUGUUUACCUUAAGUGGUGUCAAUGGCACUAUGGAUAUCAGUCCACAUAGAGGGACCUCGGCUAUAUCUCACGACAUCAUGUUUGCAACGGGUCCUUAUGGAAACGAAAACGGUUCAUUCUUCUUUAAAGGCAACAACAACAGCUACGUAGAACUGAAGAAUACCGGUAAUUUGGACACCAGAUUUUCCAUUGGAGUUUUUGCUUGGGUUUAUCUCGACAACACCUCUGGCCUAAUAUUCAAGUACGAAAAGAACAACCAUUACGGCUGCUCAAUGAAGGUGCUUGCGUCAAAUUUGGGUGUUAGUGUGCGAUAUAUGAACCGGAAAGGUACCAAAAGUUAUGUGCUUUAUAAAAAGAACAUUCUAAGAGCAAACGUUUGGAAUUUUGUUGGAACUUCAUACGAUUAUCACACACGUCUGGCGACUGUUUUUGUCAACAACAGUACCGUGAUAAAGAGAGUUAUUUCAACAAAGAUGGAUUUAGCUACUCAUUAUGAUGUAAGAAUUGGAGCGACAAGAAGACAAACCGCCUAUUUUCGCGGAAGAAUUUCGUGCCUACAAAUUUAUGAUCAGGCAUUAUCGAGAGACCAAAUUAUGAAGAUCAAGACAAACUGUAAUGAUACUGGUAAGUAUCAUAUGUGGCCAGCUUCUUUUUCAGCUUGUGCAAAUUAUUAUAAGAUGAGAACGAUGAGUAAUGAGUAUUAAUUUUUAGGAACUUUUGUCAUAACCUUUCAAAGCCAGUUGAACAAGAGAUUGAAGAACACGAGGUCUUGAGCCAAAUUCUUAAAGUGAAGCAUAAUUUAUAUACAUGUAAGAAAGGUAAAUCAUUUUUUUAAUGGAAUAAUCUACUCUGACCUGAGCUUUGCCAACUGCCGACGUGGAAUCACUAAACCAGCUGUAAUGGAUAAUCACAAGUUGCACUUGAUUCUAAUUGCAUGGCCAAGCUGUUAAUUUCUUACGUCUGAUACGUCAGUUGUGAGAACAUCCAAUCGCAACCUGACGUUUCAAGGUUCAACUGCCAUUGUGGGUCCUCAGAAAUAUUUCCGGCCUUAGCAAAUUUUUUUCGAGAAAAACUAUUCUCACGAAUUCAGAAUUGACUCUAGACACGAAGCUACAUGUAUAGCCAUGGCUACAUGUAUAUCAGGCUAAAAUCAUUCUUAAAACAGUAUUAAAACACAAAAACCCAGUGACAGUUUUCCUUUUUGAACUGUUUCCUUGCCAUGGAAUUUCGGGUGGUGAUGCAAACAACAAACUGUCCUAUUUUUACCCCGCUAGUCCUUUUGAUAAACGCUUGAAUUUCGAUGACGCAUGAAUUAUUAUCAUAGCUGUAAACAUCUAAUAAGUAAAUAGAUUGACUGUCUUUAAAAAAGAUAUGAGAUAAAGCUGCCCAUAAAGUGAGAAUGAUACUCAUUUAAAGUAAUCUGCUCCAAACAGAACUAACAUCGUGCAGUCCCAGCUUCUUCCCUUUUCGUGGCGGUUGCUACUCCAUAAACACAAACUUUCCUCGAACAUGGCAAGACGCUCUGGGAUAUUGCAACAAAGUAGUUCAAGGAGGAACACUGGCCAAGAUAUCUAGAGAAGGGCUGAGGUUUGCAUUCUCAAGCUUGCUUGACAUGAGAAGACCUAAGCCAAACAACCUAUUCUUUGGACUAUUAACCAAGGACGACUGGGUCUGGAUAGAUAACACACCAUUCAAUAAAUCCCUUUGGAAGCUGGGAUAUCCUACUGGUGGCCAUGGAAUCCAAAGCUGUGCUGUUAUGUCAGCUGGCUCAUCAAAUAAGAUAAUAAAAAGCGUUAAUUGUCGAUCAGCAAAAUAUUUCUUGUGUCAGAAACGUUACGGUAGGUGAUUAAAAUACUUCAAGUCAGUUGUAGUUUAUUUUGUCAGUUACGAAUGACAUAAUGGAAACCUCGAAACUUUGUGCAAAAAAUUCUUUGUUUUCACGCUGUAGAGUUGUCAACAAAAAUGUUAAUUCGAAACGGGCUUGGUAGUUCGUUUCACCAGGAGCACCACAUCUGAUAUGGAAUUCCGUUUAAAGAAAUUCGUCUUUUCAAAUUAAACGCUAAAAUGUGCCGUUGGAAUCCCUGUUUCUCAAAUUCUACUUCGCUCAUGAGUAGCCGACUCUCGAAAACUUCUUUAAGAGAGCAAUUUUAACAACUGUCCCUACGCGCGCUUUAUGCCGUGCCCCUGUACCUUUCGCAACAGCCCUCCUAAGUCAAGUCUAUUUCUUUUUUAGUAAGUUCAUUGUCACACGAGAGUAUGGUGCUAAGUUCAAGCGUGUCGUUGCCGCAUCACACUUCUUUAGCCAUUGAUGGAUCAUAUUCAACUUGCUUCCGUUCAAAUAUGGUAAGGAAUAUCAAAGAAAAAAAGGAACACCGCUUAGCUGUAUUGCUUAUUUCUAGACCAUUUUUUUAAACACUUUACCUACCACUGCGGAAUUUUUUUUUUUUUAAAUUCAAUUUUUGUACAACUGUACAGCAUCAGAGAUACAUUUCAUCAAGUUCCUCUUGAAGUUUUUACAAUGGCUUUUUCUUAUACCAUCUUAUACGUAUACCAUAAUGGCAUCCAUCUCCCUUUAUAAUGUUGGGAUAUACAGGAACAGUCAAGUUAAUUUAACGAUUCAAACUGAGAAUUACUUAUUAAUAAAUAUGGCCUAAUAACAAGGUGAUUAAGGCUUGAAUGGGGAAUGAAAAUCGUCAGCUUCGUGACUAGUAACCAGUUUCUCCUGGAACUAAACAUUUGUGUGUGUUUUCUUUAGGAGACUAACCCUUGGUGGCGAGUAACCUUCGAAAGACCGCAGUACGUCGAAUCCAUCGAAAUCAUCGACAACGUUGACUGCUGCCCUCGGGACCAUGGGAUGAUCUCAAUCACCGUGUCUGCUGAUGAAAGCCAUUUUGACACGACCUGUGUUGUUUCCACUGAGUAUGGUAAAGAGCUUAAGUACAAAUUACAAUGUUCUCCACCAGCCCUUGGCACUUACGUAAGAUUUACGUUGAUUGGAGAGAACGUCACACUAGUUCUCUGUCAUGUGGUGGUACGAACUCUUGGUAAGUCAAAAAAUCAAGUGGCUUCCUCCACGAGAAACAAGCGUUUCCCUCCCAGAAACGUUUCUUAUUCAACACUUUCUAGUAGCGUUUCUGAAGCGUGAUGUAACAAAUACAAACAAAAGAGGCAGCCACUGACUCCACUACCUUUACACUAUUAUUCUGUUGUAAAAUUUGUGCUGGAUCGAAAGAAAGUCGUUACAUGCAUAAUAUUAUAAAUGAGGAGGGGGAGGAGGAGGCGGGAAAACAAUAAAAAUGAGAGGAAGGAAAAUCAAAAUAUGCUGAUGGAGUGACAUGUAGUGGUUGUAGUGGUGGUGGUGGAGGGAAAAACAAUAGAAAUGCGUUGGUGCAGGCAAGAUAGAUCUUUUUACCUGUUAAGUAAAGAUUAACAUCAACAUCUCUAACAUUUUUUGUUCUCGAAAUAUUGUAGCUGUUUGAAGAGCUCUUUCAACUUUGUUGAGACAAGAGUUGGUCUGUACAUUUCACAACAUAGCUUAACCAAUGUUGAGAGAAUGUCGAGGCAAAAGUGUUAUCAAUUCUAUCUGCAGAGCAUGCUGAUGAUGCCCGGGGAGUAUUGCGCGAAGGGUGGUAUAAUGUUAACUACAACUCCAAAAAAGCACCGACGAUGCGAGAUAAUCCCGCCUUUAAGCCCCCAGCUCAAAGCCGUAUCACUUUGAGUGACUUUGAUGCACCAAUAAAUGUUGGAGAUAAGUACAUUCAGCGACUGACAAGUUACUUGCAGGUACACAAUUCAUUUUUCUAUAUUUUUUUUUCUAAAGCUUUCAUGAUAUUUAGCUCCUCUCCAAGCAGGUCUAAGCGCCAUGACCAAUAGUUCUUGAGUCGUUAAAACUAAUUUGUCUGCAUUUACCAAAGAAUCGGACAAAGCAUCACUCUUUAUAUCACCCUAACAAUUCCACAAGUCCCACUAUCCUCUCGUGAUAAUUUAAGAGAGCUGUUGAUGGACUGAUCCUCUCUUGCUGAAGAUAAAUCAAUAAAUCCAAUAGCACUUAAAUGCAAGUCAGUCAGUCAGUCAAGCAUAAUCAAUCAAUCAAUAAUCUUUAUUUAUACACGAUAAGUAUUUAAAGCGACGCUUCGCUUGUGGGGUCGUGUCUAAAUAAUUAAAUAAGAUAACUAAUGAAUUAGAAAAUAAAUAGGAUAUACACCAGCUAAAAUCAUAUAGCUACUUACAAGUCUAAAACGAUAAAAGCUUAAGAUUCUAAAGUACAAGGUGGUACUCUAGUAUCGACUAAUUAUUAACACUAAUUAUACUUAAAAUCUUCCUCCCUUCUGGUCAAUGUUUGAGGGGAGAUACAGUCGAAAUCUAGGUGUAACAGAGCCUUUGACCGUCUUGCCAUAAUCGCAUAUUUCUUAACAUUGUCUAUAUCGUCAUUAAGUUGAGGAACCAACGUGUUCCAAACUAUUGCUCCUCUACGAGCUAUAGAGUUCCUCAUGUAGUUGGUGUUAAAACGAGGGACAUCAAUUUUCAGUUUCUUCCUAAGUUGAUGUCGCUUGAUGUUAUCAUUGUUCUUAAUAAUAGCUGACAUAGCGUCUGGAGUCAGGUUAUUAUGGAUUUUAUACAUACGCUUAGCUAAGCUAAUUUUAUACAUAAAGGCUAAAGAAGACCAAUUAGCCUUUUUAAUAACAUCUGCAUUAGAGAUCUCCCAAGGUAGCUCAAGGAUAAUUCUCGCAGCUCUACAAUGCAGUGCUUCUAAUGCCUUAAAACCUUCCUUAUUUGUGAAGCCUCCCCAUACUGAUAUACCAUAUACGAUCGACGGCAUAAUAACUCUAAAAUACAAGUCUAAUAACAGAUUCUUUGGAAGAAAUUUGCUACGUUUUAACAAGUUUAACUUAUCAACAAAGCCUUUUUUAACAACACUAACAUGUUUAGACCAGUUUAGUUGAUCAUCUAUCAAUACGCCUAAUAGUCGAGAGUGUGCAACCCAUUUGAUGGUGUGCUGGGCCAACGUUAACUCUUUCAAUGGGCCAGUGAAUCUUCCACGAUGGAGGAUCACUGCUUCGCAUUUCUUUGGAUGAGGUACUGCGUCGAUAGAAUCGCCAAUGCAAUAUAGGGUAGUAUCAUCAGCAUACAUGUAGGUUGUCGCAGUGGUCAUAGGUUCAGGUAAAUCACUUGCGUAAAGAGAAAAUAAGGUCGGUCCUAGAACGGAACCCUGCGGUGUUCCAGAUUUAACAGUGUUAAGAUCUGAUGCUAUACCAUUUAGGACAGUAUAUUGUUUUCUAUUGUCAAGGUAACUGCGCAGCCAGUCGAGUAGCAUUCCAUUAAUUCCAAAAUCAUUUUCUAAUUUACGUAAUAGCACAUUAUGGGAGACACAGUCGAACGCUUUCUGGAAAUCUACCAGCACUAUACCAACAACUUUAUUUGAAUCAAUGGCACUCCUCCAAAUUUCGGUAAUAUGUACUAGCAACAGCUCUGUAGAAUAUCCUCUCCUGUAAGCCCAUUGUUUGUCUGUAAUUAAUCUAUUUUCAAUAAACGCAUGGUGAAUGAUCGAAUCAGCAACAAUGGUUUCGAGUAUUUUGCUCGGAACACUGAGAAGAGAUAUGGGGCGAUAAUUUCCGAUUUCAGUCUCGUCAUCCUUUUUAAAAACAGGAUUGACUCUCGCAGUCUUCCACGGGCUAAAGACGUAACCAUCUUUCAAACUCAUAUUGUAAAGGAACAUCAACGGGGAUAGCAAUGCAUCUCCAGCUUCCUUGACUAUUUUCGGAGAUAUGUCGUCGGGUUCUGUCGCUUUAUUUGUUUUGAGAUUAGCUAAUUUUCUCUCAAUGGCCAAAGGCGAUAGUGCGAUGUUAUUGACACAGGGAACAAUCUUAGUUGGCGUGGCCUGGUGAGAUAGAUAUUGGGGCUGGAAACUGUCAGCCAGUUUCUCUCCGAUGUUAGAGAAGAAAUUGUUGACCAGGUUUGAUUUUUCUUUGUCAUCAACUGCGAGCGAUCCGUCCUCUCUUUUCAGUGGACCUAUCGAUUUCCUUAAUUUAGGGUUAUUCGCCUUUGAAAGCAGGUUCCAAUACUCUGCAGUGGUUUUGACAUCAGCUAAUAGAUCUUUAAAAUGCUUAGCCUUGGCUCUGCGUAUAUCAGCUGUGAUUUCAUUUCUAAGUUUCUUAUAUGCAGCCCAUUUGCUAGGAUCCUUUGUCCGGUUUGCCUCUUUGAAUAAUUUAAAUCUGCGAUUCAUUUUGUGCCUAAUUGUGUUGUUAAUCCACGGAGCAGACAUACUUCUCACUUUCACAUCCUUAAACGGGGCGUGAGCAUUGCAUACAUCUUUAAACAAUUGUUCCCAUCCCCAGAGCGCAUCGCCUUUGUGAUGAAAAAUUUCCAAGAUAUGAAAAGGAAUCUUUUCAAUAUCAGCCUUAAAAUUCGCUGCAUUAAAAUUUUUAAAGUUUCUGGUGCGAAUAAUCUUCGGCGGUGGUCUUUUGCUGCCCAAUUUAAGCGUUGCAUACACUAGGCAAUGGUCGGAUAUACCUAGUGGCAUUACUCCUGUGCAUCGCACAACAUCCACCUUGGUGGUAACAAUAAGAUCAAUCAGUGACUUUGUGGUAUAAGUUAUGCGGGUUGGUUCAGCGAUAACAUUUUGCAUAUUAAAUCUUCAAAAAGCCAUAUUUUCCCCACCACUACUCUUUUGUUGACAUUUCCAUUGUUUUUGCAUGAGUGUUCAAUUUUCAUCUUUAAAGUACUGGGAAUCAACGAUUGUGAAAUUUCAUACCUGAGGGACAAUUUUAAAACGAGGAUUCGUGGUAAAAUUUUGGGUCUGGCGUUAACAGGUUUAAGAGCUAUUUUAUUAUUUUCCUUCCAGAGGAUAGCUGCUUAAUGGCAGUUUCAUUCCAUUUCUCCUCCUCCUGAGGAAUUUCUUAACAGGGCGCCACCACUUACAAUAAAGUGAGCAGGAUAUUCUAGAUCUUGUCUGACUGUGAAUGAUCGAUAUGAGGAGCACGCUUUAUAUAUCCUAAGAUAGUUGUUCAGAAGGGUGUUGCGAAUGGGAAAUUGUCCUCCACAUCCACGAAUAAAAAGACAUUUCAACUGUCGUUACCAGCGCUCAAAAUAUAACAAACAACUUCUCUCAGUUCUAGCACUGGGGGCCAUACAGUCUGUUGGUGUAAACGAUUGUAUUGUAAUUUUAUAGUGAAUGUACUUGAUUUACCGUUUGCUUCAUCUGUAGCGGCAUAUCGUUAAUUACGUGUAUGGAUUAAUGCCAAAUAAACGUUGUGUUUGUCUUACUAACGGUAAAUUGUCGUCUUUUUACCUCACAAGUGGUAUUUUGAGCCAUUUUGAAGGAUUCUGAGUUCGCUGUUUACUGUUCCUUUUAAUAGAAAAACAAGGAUAGAAUCAAUUGUUUGCGCGGCUCCAGAGCCAGAGCGAUUUUCCCCCAGAAAACCGCACUGCUCCGCUUUCAAAACUCGCUGCAGAAAGGCCGAAAGAUUCACGCUUCUUCUCGUACCUUCCGAUCGAAAAUCCAUCCAAAAGGCCUAGAGCUGUUGUGGCCCUCGAGGAAAAUUAAAAUCUCACAGUUUUCGAACGGUCAAAAUGUGUAGCAAGAUUUACAUGUGCCAGCCAGAAACCGUCCUGCUGAUUGCCUCUCAAAAUACCACGACAAUUUACCUUAGGUAAGGUACCACAACGUUUAUUUAGCAUUGAUCCACGCACAUAUUUAACGAUUUACCGCUACUUAUGAAGUUAGAUGACGCGAACGGUCAAUCUAGUACAGUUACUAUAAAAUUACAAUGCAAUCGGUCAGACAAACAGACUGUGUGGGUACCCUGUGGCUCUAGUAUUUCAUAUUAAGUUAGUUAGCAUUUAACAGAUAUGAUUAAGGAUUUUUCUCUGUUUUUGUCAAUAUUUGUUAGGUCCCUGAAAGCGGCAAUUACACAUUUUAUCUGUCCUGUGAUGAUGUUUGUGAGCUGUGGAAGCAUGAUGUUAGCGAGAAAGGUAUCGAAGAAGUGAAACAAAAACUUGGGAAGACCUUGGCAAAACAACCAAUCAUUACCCUUAAAAGAGUAACUGGCCAUAAUAAAUGGGACAAGUAAGCAACCUUUCUCUUCAAUAUAUCUUUUAAUAACAGACUGCCAAAAGCACUGUGUGUGCAAAUAACGGUAAAAUGCGACCGUCACAUGACAGCAUUUGUCCUGUAACAAUCAAAGUACUUAACAAACGAUGCAGGGUCGUAGAAAGUCUCAAAACGCUUCUAAAGGAACGUCAUGCCAUUUUCUUGUCUUCCAAGACAACAACAGCUUAGUACAUGUCCUUCAAUUGGAAAGGGGUAGAAGGAACUCACGCAGUUGCCAUUUGUAUCUGUAGGUAUGCGGAACAGCUCUCUCGGCCGAUAUUUUUAGACAAGUGCAGACUCUAUCGUAUGGAGGCCUUUAUGAGAGAAGAGAGCAGCCAAGAUCACAUAUCUCUUGGCAUGCGCAUACCGUCUGACAGGUAUGAAGGCCCUAUUCCAAGAAGGAGACUGUUUUGGACCAAGCCAGGUAACAUGACUCUAAGCUAGGAAAAACUCAUUUCUGUCACAUUUGCAAUUGACUUUAAACCAUGAGUUUUAAGUACAGACCUUUUCUGAAAUGCGUCCUGUGCAAGUUAUCGUUUGGUUGCCACAACAUACUUUACAUGAUACUAGCAUCUCAUAUACUCAAAACCUCUACACACAGGAAUGUUGUUUUGGAAUGAAGAUUGUGUAGUAAAAAACGGACAACAACACGAAAAGUACAAAAUUACAAACAGCUAACCGGUUGCUGCUUGCUGCAGGUGUGACAAAGGAGUUUUCUUUUCUUGCCCUGCGAGCACAGGUUACUUUUUUACAUGGCUUUUAUUUGACAUCUAAAACAAAAAAACUACGUGACUGACAAGCUGACGCGAUCUACUUCGAAACAAACCUCCUACACGACUGACGAUUGUCGGAUCUUUGGAAGGACCCUUUCAAGAUCUUGAAAGAUUCUCUUGCAGUCCUUAACGAUCUUGAAGGAUCCUAACUAGGUUGUUUAAAAGAUCCUCGAGGGUGUGGAUACGUCAUUUAACAUCCUUGUAGGAUCUUCUUGCAAUCCUCAAGGAUCUUAAAGGAUCUUAGCUACGUUGUUUGAAAGAUCCUUGAGGGCGUCAAUUAAGAUGCUUGAAAGAUACUCACCAAAUAUUCAAGAAUCUUAAAGGAUCUUUACAAAGAUCUUUUAACCCUUUCAGUGCCAAGUGUGGCCAAGGGCAAAAUUCAACAAAAAUCCCCAAAUUUCGGCUCGUAAAAUUUUGAAAAUAAAUAGCGCCAUUUGAAAGUACAGGCAGAGAGGCUUCAUUUGAAUGGUUAAAUCACCGGAUUUUGUCCAGACUCAAAAGUUAGAACUACUUUAAGGGACUCCAAUAUUCACUCUCUUACAAUCGUCAAAGAUCUUCAAGGAUCCUAGCUAGGUUCUUUAAAAGAUCCUUGAAGACAUGAUUUGUCCUUAAAGGAUCCUCGUUAUAUCUUCAAGGAUCUUAAAAGAUCUUUACAAAGAUCUUUGCACGGAUUUCACUUCACUUCCUCGAGGAUCGUCAAAGGAUCGUUUGAAGAUCCUUACCUUUAAAGAUCUCUGCAGAUCUUUGACGAUCCUCAAAGAUUCUAAAGGAUCCUGUGAGGAUUUUCACCAGGAAAAAGCCAUGCCAGAAAGAAACCUCUGCUCAUAAGGUUGUCGUUUCUCACACCGGAUUGGCUUUUUGCUUGCAACUGAAAAAUAUUUCUCUGGUAUUUAACUGACCACUUAUAAUUCCUCUUUUAUAACCUGUAAAUUUUAAUGAAGUAUAAUAAAGUCUCCAAGCUUAAUAAAGCGACACUAAAACUAAUAAUAUUACAUGGCUAGUAAAGCUCAUCAACUGUACCUUCUCAACAGGAACACGAAGACUAGAGGUUACUUUCCUGGACAACGAAACUUCUCUACCUGCCUUUGUUGGUUCAGAAUUGCUCGCAUCAGGUUAGUUGAACUACGUAACUCGAUUAUAUAUUCAAUUCGUCCCAAGUUUGCCAACAAUGUCACCAUCACUUGCAUAGAUUUUACAUGGUCAGUACGGCUUGUACACCAAUAGAGCUUUUGUGUUGUCUCUGUGUAAUAACUUAUCAAGAACUUUUUGUUAGCGUAAUCCCAUUUUUGGCGGGUUUCGUUCGCCCUUUGGAUCAGCUUUUUUUUUCCCGAAGAAACGACUCUUGCCAAUUUUCCUUUAAUUUGUCAGGGUUUUACAAGUUUUGCUGUGACGGAGUCUAUUGCCCAGAUUGCCCGAUGGAAUUGAAUAUCUCGACCCUUCAACAAAACGUGACAGUGACCCCUGCACUUAACAUGUCAUGUACUAACACGCCAUUCACGGCUCCAUUUAAAACCGAAAAACAACCUGGCAAUUUUACAAUCAAGGUAAGUUAUAAUUAAGUCAACUUUUUAAAAGCUACUCUUGGCCUUGAAAAUGUCGAAUUUUCGCUUACAGGCACCUACCCUCAGAGUGGUGUCUUGCGUAAGCGAAAAACCCUUACUUUUGGUCAGAAAUGGCUGGUCAGACUAGUAAAUUUUUUAAAACGAAUUCAACCAUUAAUAUAGAUAGAUAGAUGUUUUAUUGUUUUAUCAGCUAAAGCUGGUUUACAUAAAAGCCAUGUUAAAAAUAUAUAUACAUGUCUAUCAGAGUUUCGAAUUAAUAUUAGUUGUGAAAAAGAAAAGUAGAUGUAAAACUAGGUAUUAACCUUUGAUAAAAUAUUCUAAACUAGCAUUAUAGUAAGGAAUCAAAGAAGCUGGCAUUCAAGCAAAUCCUCGGUUAAUGUAUUCCAAAUAAAUGCACCCCUAUAGCAAAAACAUUUUUUCCCAUAAUUGAUUUUGGAAGAGGCAACUGAAAUCUAGAGGAGGAACUCAUAGUAUCAUACGUGGACCUCAUUUUCAAAAAUUUUUGGCAUAGGUAUUCUGGUGCCAUAUUAUUGCACACUUUCAACAUUUCUAUAGCGAAGAGCUUAAUUCUGCGUAUGGAAAGGAAGUCCCAUCCUAGCUCUUGCAGCAGGGGGCCGGAGGUAGAAUCAUAACUGGAAAAGGUUAUGAUUCUAGCUGCGUGGUUUUGCAGUUUGUGAAGCUGUAGAGCUAGUUCUGAACCCAGACCUCCCAAACAACGCUGUAACAGUCAAAGUACUGUUGGAUAAGAGAGUUCAACAUUGUUCGGAGGGUUAACGGAGGAACAAAUUGUCUCACACGCUUAGCGCUCCGAUUGCGCUGGUUUAUUUCUUCCUCUAAUAUGUACUGCCCAUGUCCCAUGUAAGCGCCUCGUCAAUAUGUAGACCCAAGGAUGUGCCAAUGUUACUUCAGGUACAUUGGCGUCUCCAAUGAGGAGUGAUAGGCAAGACAUUCAAGAAGACCUCUGUCACAAAAGAGGCAAGCCCAUAUCCAGAGGCCUUGAAGUUUGCACUUUGUCGACGAUCAGGCUCUUGUAAUUGAAAAUGGGAGGUGAGCAGAACACCUGGCAACCUCGGUAUCAACGGCAUUCAGCUCAAGAAAGUGAAAGAAACAAAUAUCUAGGCAACAUGUCAGAGAGGAUAACGGUGUAAAGAAAGAGAGACAGUAACAAAAACACAGAAAGCUAAUGUAAUUAAGUACCAAGCGGACACACUCCUGAAGCAAUUACAAGCAUCCCCUAUGAAACAAAACCGAAACAUUUGUAUUUAAAUCUUUCUUCCCGGCAACACAAACCUACAAGAUUCAAACAUGGACACUUACAAAAAGACAAGGGUGAAAAAUAAUCACCUGCCUUAUGUGGUGUUUACGUAGUACGGUCAACAGAACCACGCCUGGUGGGAACAACAGCAAUUCAACACCAUAUCGAUAUUGGGCAAAGGACGAGAGUUGACACGACCAGCUGCCUUAAUAAAAAAAUGCUUAUUAUUGACUCAAGCUACUAGCGUGUCAGGUUAUAAAACAAAAGGACUCCCUCAAAAAAAACUGGAUUAAGGGCUUCAAAGACAGUAACGUGAAGCCGAUCGAUAGCUCCAUCGUCUCGCGAUGACACCGCCGUUGGUAUAAGCGGACGGUUAAAGUAAAGUAAAGUAAACAAGAAAGUAAGCAAGUAGGUUAAAUUCGUCAUCACUGACAUUAAAAUAACUGAUAGUCAUGUUUAAAAAAAAUAACUGAAUUCAAUGAUCUAAUUGUGUACGGCGCCUGAGAAACCAGAGAUUAAGUAAGGAAGGCAAGACUUAGCUUUCUCUGCUCUCAUUUCAUCCCAGUCUGGAUAAUACGUCUCCUUCACUCUCAGAGCGUGCUCCUGAAGAUUCUGUGCCUUAGACUUGAUGAAUUCAACAAAUGGACUUUCUGGGUGCUCCCAGGCUGAGCCCACGAUAAAGGCGAAUAGGGAAGCGUCUGCUAGGCAAGGUUUAUCUCCAAACAGGAAUUUCUUUGGACCUAAUAUUUCUGACACUGCAACCAAGUCUUUUUCAGCUAUUUCGAAGAUCUCUUGUUCUGUGUGUCGACCCAUUCCGUGAGACCAUAGCAUAUUCUUAAACUUUUUCUGUGUUCUGUAUAACACCAGAUAUUUCAGUGGCUGAAAAAGGCGGCCUAGUGCUCUUUCCCGAUAUUCCUUGCCGUAGUCAGACAACCAGCAUGUAUACGUCAGUGCCCUGUGCACGAAAAAAAAGCAUGUUCACGUCAGUUCCCUAUGCGACAGCAAAGCAUGAAAUCGGAAUGGACAAAGUCGGCAUCCUUUGACCAGUUUGAAAUUAAAUCUUACGGAUACCUGUCUUAUACUGGCAAGGAACACGAAGAGAAAAUAACUUCAACCACUAAGGUGAUUAGGUCGGUGAUGAUAUUAUGAAUAUUAGCCUGCGAAUUAGCUCUCUCUCCCCUUUUGUACGCGGGAGAACUUCGUCUUUUUCAUACGAUAGUCAGUUCACAGUUUCCGAGGUUGCAAAACUUUUUUUUCUACCGAUAGACUGUUCACAGUCCCCUAUCCCUCCGGAAGGUCGUCGAGAUGGAGCGCUUUGCGUUACUGACGGUCAUCUUGAUUUCAAAUGUACCGAGGGGACGAGCGUCGGGUGUUAUAGGCAGUAGGGGGAGGGGGGGAGAAGGGGGAAAAUGUUUUUUCUCGCCAUCCCCCACCCCCUAAGUAGAUUCCACAGUCAUCCCCAGGCCAGACUCGGAAGGUUUGAAACCAAGAUGACCGCCCGUAACCACAGGGUCUCCACACAGUCUGUUUGUGUACCCGAUUGCAUUGUAAUUUUAUAGUAAAUGUACUAGAUUGACCGUUCGUGUCAUGGAUCAAUGCUAAAUAAACGUUAUAGUACCUUAUCUAAGGUAAAUUGUCGUCCUUUUGCCUCAGAAGUGGUAUUUUGAGCCAUUUUGAAGGAUUUUGAGUUCGCUGUCCUCUUAAUAGAAGGACAAGGGUGGAAUCAAUUUUUUUGAACGGCUCCAGGGCCGGAGCGAUUUUCCCUAGAAAAUUGCAAUGUUCCGCUUUCAAAACUCGCCGAAGAAGGACCGAAAGAUUCACGCUUCUUGGCGUACCUUCCGAUCGAAAAUCCAUCAAAAAGCCCCAGAGCUAGCCCUUAAGGAAAAUCAAAAUCUCGCAGUUUUCGAACUGUCAAAACUGAGUGCGUAGCGAGUUUAUACGUGCCAGGCAGAAAACCGCCCUGCUGAUCGCCUCUUUUCGAUUGGAUAUCGUUAACAAAAUGUUUAAACAAUAACUGAUUUAAGGCAGACUUGGUAAGCGUUUAUUGUUUAACUGCAUCCGAUCAAAAAAAGGCAAUCAGCAGGACGGUUUCUGGCUGGCACACGUAAAUCUUGCUACGCAUUUUGACCGUUCGAUACUUCCUGAAAAAUUGGGUGGGGUGUGCGGCACGCUUCCUGAAACCCUUACCCGACUAUUUUGGACCAAAAUCUGUGAUUUUCUCUACCCUAUUUCAGACUUGAAGCUCUGUAGCCCGGCGCGUAACCGGAGCGCUUGACAAGCUGUUACGACACGUACACAGUUGGCGUAGACAAUAAAAGGGAAAUGGUCUUACCGCCAAAUGAUGAAGUAGUAGUUUCUUCUAAAAAAACAUACCCAUUUCAAGACUAGAGUGCACAAAGCAUACCCUAUUUCAGACCAAAAUGGUCGAAAUUGAUACCCUAUUUCAGACCAAGAAGGCUAAAAAACCAUACCGACCACGACCUACUUGAAUUUGACUUUGUAACCAGGCCUCGUAGGGUGAAGAAACCUGCGCGCUAUGCCUACAAUUUCAAACCAGCUGACUUUGAGAACCUCAAACUGCAGAUUAUGCGGAGCUCGGUAAUAGCGUGUUAUGCUGGUCCAACUGGAAAUCCGCCCUUUUGGAUAUUAUUGACGCUAAUAUCCCUAAGGCUAGAGUCCGGGACUGAAACACGCCACCGUGGAUUGAGUUCGACAUUUGCUGAAGAGGAAAGAAUCAGCUAGACGUCCCGCCAAGAAACACAACAGCGCUUUUUACCUUGAAAAGUUCAGGAUUUUAAGAAAAGAAUCUAACGCAUUGAUAAACAGGAAGUUAAAGGAGUAUCACACUUCUCUUGGUGACAGCUUGAAAGUCAAUCCAAAGCGCUUCUGGAGUUACUUCCGCCAUAAAACCAAAUCAAACUCUAUACUAGCUAAUGUUACGUACGGUGGGCGACAGAUCUCCUCUGGAGUGGAGAUGGCAGAAGCCUUCAACAAGUAUUUCUAUUCUACGUUUACGUAUGCGCCUGAGAUACCCCUUGAUGCACUUACGCCGCCCGACGGUAGAAUGCCCGUCCUCGACAGCUUAGUGCUGUGCCAAGACGAGGUCUAUAAGGUGCUCUUGAAUUUAGACCCGAGCAAAGCUCCGGGCCCUGACGGUCUUCCUACAAUAGUGCUAAAGACGUGUGCAAGGGAUCUAACACCUUCUCUUGCGCCCUCUUUAAUUUAUCUCUUGCGGAGGGUAAACUACCCACCGAAUGGAAAGACGCCCUUGUCGUCCCCGUUCAUAAGAAAGGAAAAAAGGAGGACGUUACUAACUACAGACCCAUCACUCUAUUGUGCGUUGUAUCCAAAGUAUUAGAACGAUGCAUAUUCAAGCACUUUAAGGGUUUUUUCUGUCCUUUGUUUGACAAUGCACAGCAUGGUUUCCUUCAGGGUCGAUCUACAGUCACCCACCUUCUAGCGUUUUAUCACGAGAUUGGCCGGUCUCUAGAUAAGGGCCUGCAGUUGGACAUUGUGUAUUUGGAUCUCGCAAAGGCUUUCGACAGUGUCUCCCACCAAAGGCUGCCUCUGAAACUCUCUCGGUACGGAGUCAGCGGGAAACUUCUGCAGUGGUUUGAGAGCUACUUAGGUGGACGCGGUCAGCGGUGCUUGGUCCACUGUUUCACUUCUAGUCGUUCUCCAGUUCCAUCAGGAGUCCCUCAGGGCAGUAUCCUCGGUCCUCUGCUGUUUUUAGUUUAAGUGAACGAUCUCCCGCCGGUGAUACAGAAUCGUAUCGCACUCUUCGCUGAUGACUCAAAAUGUUCCAGCGUCAUUGAAAGUCUACAAAAUUGUGAUUCACUCCAAAAGGACCUCGACAGUCUGCAUGGCUGGAGCGAUAAUUGGCACCUAAAGUUUAACACAUUUAAAUGUGAGGUACUAACCGUCACACCUAAGCGCCACCCAUUUCGACUCACUUAAACACGUCACUCAGGUAAAAGACCUCGGAGUGACUAUCUCGCCGGACCUCACAUGGGAUACUCACAUUAACACUAUCUUAGCUAAGGCCAAUAGGAUGCUCGCAUUUUUGUGCCGCAAUGGUGUUAUGUCAUUCACUACAGACCAUAGGAAAUUACUAUAUCUCACGUUUGUAAGAUCAUAUAUUGGCUAUGCUAGCGAGGUACGGGCUCCCAGUACGAUCGGUAGUAUAACAGAAAUAGAGGAUCUUCAACGCAGGGCAACAAAAUUCAUCUUAAACACGCACUGGCAAGAGGAUAUUUCUUAUCAUGAGCGCCUUUCUCGCCUCAAUCUGCUACCGUUAACAUACUGGCAUGAAGUGAAAGACUUAAUUUUCUAUUUCAAGUGUCGCGCUGGCCACUACACCUUACCCAUAGCUGAUUAUGUCGGGCCUAAAGGCACUCGUCUCACUCGCCAUAGCUCUGAUCAAGACGUACUAAUUCCCAAGUCCCGUACAAAGCUCUUUCAAUUUAGUUACUUUAAUCGUAUUGUUAAACUCUGGAAUACGUUACCUGUAUCCACUCGUACUCUUAGUUCUCUUAAUCAGUUCAAAUCUCACGUACUCCAACGCUAUUCGGCUGCUUUUCGCACAAACUACAACGUCACAAACUUUAACACCUGGAAGUCGAUCUGCUGCAAAUGCAGUAGGUUACGUAAUCUUCUAUUAGCUGGUAACUGCUGCUACGAAGACUUUCUAUCGGCUGCGGGAGGGAUUCAUUCUUAUCGUUUUUACAAAUGGGAUUUUUAUACUUUUUAUAAUGUUUAAUGUUUAAAUACUUAGUAUUUUGUGUAUUUUUCGUAAGGGCACACUUAAUUUGGAGCCUCGCUCUGUUGUGUGUCCCGCACCUUCGUCCUUCGUUUUUGUGUCUUGUUCAAAUGUAUUUUUUUCCCUAGUUUUUUAGUAUUGUAAUCAUGGUGAAAGCGAUUAAAUAAAUAAAUAAAUAAAUAAAUACCCUUUGGCGCCGCACAUGCCUGUACAGCCUAUAUAAGGGAGUACCCCCACCCCCACCUCCCGGGCGAAAAACGCGUUCCGUUGCUUACGCAAGCGAGACUCAUUAGAAUACAAUCGUUUACGCAAACAGAAUGGGCUUCUUCUGUGCCGUAUAAACGCAAAGCGCUGGAUCCCUACAAUCUCACGACAAUAUAGGGGACUGUGAACAGUACAUUCUGCCUACCAAUAUGUGUUUUCCUCCAACAUGGUGCGAAUACUGUGGCGAAUAGCUUUUUCCGUGGGUCCCAAAUGUGCAUCGACAUCCACAUGAAAUUCUUUCUGAAGAAACCGAAUACAGAAAUUAGAAUCAGCGAUCUCUUUCUGGUUGAACUCGAUCCAUGGGUACUUGCCCUUCUUGGAGGUCUUAACGCUGUAAAUAUUUUGGUAGCGGAUCUUUGUCAUUCGAAGGAAAGUUUCCAAUUUUAGACAUGGCGGAGAACCGCUUAGGGUAGUAAACAAAUCUCGAGGAAUCUGAUGUAGAAUGACUGUUCCAGGAUUGAAGGGUCUUUCGCCCGUUUUCAGUCGUACAAGGAAGUACGUGAAAGCAAUUGAAGUGCCAGCAAUGCAAAUAUAAAUUGCUAUUUCCAUGGCUUUAACACUUACUGCACCCGAAGUUAAAUAACCUCUGUUUAAAAAGAAAUGAAGUAGACCGUCUAGUAUGCAUCUGUUUUGCAUAAUUAUAAUCUAAAAAUAAUAUUAACAUUUCGUUACAUGCAAUAAUACGGCUCUAAUGUGCUUUCACAGGGGAAACCUAACAUGAACGGCUGUACAAUUUAUAACUAGAAAGAGUAAUUCCUAUUUAUAUUCACGACUAAGAGACGGGAAUGGGUGUGCAGCUAGAACUAUGGAGCCUGAGUGUUUAAUGCCGUCCAAAUAACAUACAAAGUUCAACAUCAUAACUAAAGAAUAGCAUACAAAUAUUCCUAAAUAAAGUCACUCAGGCUAAACUACUCACGUGCGCCGCCUGAUACGAAAACCCAAAAAACCCAAUGGGAAAAAAUUGGGAACGUAUUCCCCAACCGAUGCCGUCGCACAACCUCUGGGGCUUAAAGGUAAAAAAUCAAUCGAUAGAUGAAUAAAGUAAGAUAUAAAAAUAAAAGUUGAUAGUUCGAGAGCUGAGAUGAAUAUAUUACAACUGUCAAAACCUUACAUACCUAAUAACAAUAGAGUCAAUCAACGCCAUAGCGGCUCACGUGCGUUCAUACCAAUAGGAAAGUAUUUACAUUCUCUGUCACUGCCACUACGUUUAGCUCCGCCGAAUGUAAAUAUAUUUUUUAUGAUAGUAGUAAGAUGUUAGAAUGACUUAUCUGGGCUUCGACCGGAUCAUAUUAACAAACUUCAAUUCAGCUUGUGCAAAAUUAUUCUGCACGUCUUUCGACUGGUCCUAGGAAACAUGAACAUAUUUCACCCAUCUUAAGGUCUCUUCAUUGGUUGCCUAUUCCGGAAAGAAUUGAUUUUAAACUUUUACUUCUUACUUUUAAAUCACUUAAUGAUGUAGCACCGCCUUAUAUGGAAGAACUGUUAGUUCGUUAUAGAUCAACAAGAACUCCGCGUUCUGCAGAUAAAGGACUCCUGGUACAAACUACAAAAUACAACCUUAAAACUUAUGAUUACAGAGCUUUUUCACACUCAACUCCUAAGGUAUGGAAUUCCAUACCAGUCAGUAAACGCACAUGUUGUGAGCUGGGCGCUUUCAAAUCAAAAAUAAAAACACUUCUUUUUAAGCGUGCUUUUCAGCCGUAAUUUUAUUUCAUUUUUUUAUUAUUUAUCUUUUUAUUUUAUUUUAUUUUUUUUUACUUUUAACAAAUAAGUCAUUGUAAUAUUUUAUUAGGUUUACUAUUAUUAGUACUGCUUGCAAAGCACUUUGGAUUUAUUAUUGUUAUUAUUAUUAUUAUUAUCAUUGAUGAUUUAUCCCAUAAUUCAUGUUAUUGUAUAACUAUAUCCGGGGGUUUCCCACAUAAAAGUUGCAGGGUGGUCCAUCUGCGGAAAAUUGAAAAGUGAAAUCCGCUAAAGGAGACCUAUCUGUGCGUCUCCCGCUCAACCCUAGGCUGCCUAGGCGAUGUUUUUAUCAACAAAAAUGUUUCCUUUCGACCCUAAACACCCUUAAUGAGACCAAAUGGGCCAUUUCUUCCCCUAAUUCCCCUAUGCGAGACGGCAAGCAUCUUGGUAACUUUUAUUGGGAAUCCUCUCCCGGGUAAAUAUAUUCUAGUUUUAAAUUUGAACAACACGUUUCCUAAGCAGCUGCUCUUUGUGUAGUUACGUGACGACACUACGAAGGGCUCUCUUAGGAGACCAGAGCAGUCCAUGCUCUUACAAAUGCUCACCAUCUUUUUUAUUUCCAUGCCCCAGAUCACUUAUGCCUUUGCUAACAAUUCAGAGCAACUUGUGAAUGAAAAAGUGUUGGGCCAUGUUCUACUUGAAGGUAUUUCCAAAUUCCACCCGUUCUUUGUGGCUAUUUAGCGAGCCACUGGGUUACUAUUCGUUACCUUUGAAAAUGCGGCGAUAAAAUGAUCAUUCUAACUGUUGUAACAACUGUCUAAGACAGACAAAAAAGACAAAUUAAUAUCUUACAUGAGACAGUGUAAGCACAUUUGGUAGGGAGCUGGUCUCAGACAGAUAGCGAUAUCGCCAGUCAUAGGGUCGGCCCGGACCAUUACUCAGGAUUGUUAAAUAACUGGCAGAAUAAUUGUAAAAUCGUUCUUGUCUAAACCAAAAAAACUAACCGGUGACUAUUUAGAGAGGAUGACGCUUGACAAAUCCAAGAAAUAUUUGCACUCACGCGGUCCAGAUGGAAUUGGGCAUAUUAGCCUCGCUUUCAUGACUUAGGAAUCUUGAUGAUAACGUCCCGGAUGGCAGAAAGCCCCCGGCCCUCCCCCAACUGAUCCUGAAGAGCUGAAUUAGAUCAGUAAUAUUAAGCAUAUUAGACAAAAAACCAUAAUAGAGAGUAACAAAUUGUUUAAAAAGUUACAAAAUUAAAAAUUGAACUUGACCUUUAAUCUAAGGUUUGUAUUGUUUCUCUGUCAGCGGUGGUGGUGAACAAAUGCUCUUUCCAAUCCGGCUUUUCUGACUGGAAGAAUAUUGCAGACAUGGAUCACAAGUGGAAACUGUCAACCGAUUUAUAUACCUUAAUGAACUAUACAGGUGUGUUUGUCAAACAUUUAAAAUCUGAGUCUUUUUUACCACCAUACCAGGAGAGAGAUUAAAAACGACCAGGAAGCGGAGAAGGAAGGAACAGUGAAUAGAAGGCAGAGCGGCGCCACAGAGGCACUGCGAAGGCAGCGGUCAAAAAUAAAGAAGCUCGGAAGGAGAAGUUCGUGGCUUUAUGUGUCUGCCGACACAAUGAUGAUGAUAUUAAUACUAUCGAGGAAAGUAUUUACCAAGAAAAUGUUCUUAUAGCAUGACAAUAUUUAUUCUUUCCAGGUUAUUUUGCAUACAUUGAUGGUGCAUACAAAGCUCAGUUAAAAAGUCCAUUGUUGCCGUGGAAACCAUUUCACCGAACCGUCGGUUUGUGUCUCAGGUUUAAGUACCUUAUGAAAACUCAUUCCAAGUCAUCUUUAAGAAUAUUUCUCAAAGAAGCUAAACAAGAAAAACCAGUUUUGGCCUGGCAGCUAAGCGGCUACCACGGUGAAGACUGGUCAUUAGCUCAAGUGGUUUGGUCAGGCACAGAUACCACUCAGGUAGGUGAAAGUGCGGACACUUUCAAUUUUGCCCUUUCUACUCCAAAAAGGUCAAAACAGAUCUCGUCUGGAACGGUUACUUGUUCCUACCCGACCCUUUUCGUACCUCUUUUGACAUGUAAACGGGUUUCAACUAUCCGGCUUGGAGAAGCGUCCUCGUUUUUGAUAACCGAGUUUUAACAACGACAACGGCAAAAGCGAAAAUGGCACUAUUAGGAUGAAUUUACUUUUUUUCAAAUUUUGUUGCGAUCAUCACACUAAGUUUAUGUGUAAACUGUAAUUUAAUUUCCCUGGAAUUAAACUCUUGGGGACCUAACCCUAGUGUCAAGUAUAUCACGCGACAUGAAAUGUCGCAUAAGGGAAUUUGGCGUCUUCUUCCUGCAGGAAUAGAGAAUUGCUGAUUGAUUGUUAAGACAUUUUGUUUGUUUGUUUGUUUUUGACGUUCGGGUUGCCGUCAACGUCGUCGUUGAUUGAGCUUCCUAAUGUCCGAAGGAGGAUAGGUACCAACUUCAGUGUUCGUUUCCGGGAGUGUCAGGUUUAUAGGAGCUUCUGCACGUUAAAAACAGUUGUAACUCACACUGUAACUCAAAAUAGCUCCGUACGUACAUUUUUCAGACAAUUUCCAAUUUGCUCUUCUUUUGGUUUUAAAUUGCCUGUAAUAGUGGGUUUUAAGUCACUCAAUUAAUCAAAACGGUGUUGUUAUUUACUCCUCAUUUUAGAUCAUAUUUGAGGGAGAAGGUUUUCUUCCUCAAAAGCUCCACAUAGCAAUAGACAACAUUACUGUCACGACAGAGAAUUGCUCCUUGAGGCCUUAUUUUGCAAAACCAGGUGAGCUUUUCUGUCCGAUUCUAUUCUUACUUUAAGGACCGAAUAAAAUGACACGUUCAAAGGUUAAUUAGCCCCUCGUCGAAGUGGUUCACCACGAUCGCUGAUUCAACGUCUCUCAGAACCGCGUCGCUUAUAAAGCUAACUACUUUCAGGAGCUGGCUCCUGCCACUUUUUAAAAUUUCAAUGUUUUUAUCGUUGCUGUAACUCUAGAGAUUGUUUAGUAACCGCUUUUUCGUACUUUGUGCGCUAGAGGACAAGUAUUGGUCUCACGCGUUAGAUUGCUUCACGGCUGGGUGCACUGGUUGUAAGUUAAAACCUUUCGGGACUUAAUUCGCGCUUAAUUACGCGUCGAAAAUUUCACGGACACAUUAUCGGUCAAGCACUUAAACAAUACCCAUCCAGUGGUCCUAGCCGUUAGGGUGGAGAAUCGGGCGAUACCGACGGCUGGAGACCACACCUACUAAAGGUCGAGCUUCCUAAGUAUACGUGGUCUGUCAAGCUUUAUUAAAUUGACAUUUUUCAACAUUUUCACUCUUUUUCGAUUAGAUUUCAAGUGUAGCGAUAAUCAGUUUAAAUGUACUAAUGGCGAGUGUGUAAAGAAGAAUCUCCUGUGCGAUGGGGACUAUGCAUGUAAAGAUCGCUCAGAUGAGGAGAACUGCGCAUGUCCGACCAAUAUGUUUCACUGUAAAGGAGGAGGUUGCUUGCAAGCAACUGCCUUGUGUGAUGAUACUAAACAGGACGGCUGUGACGGAGAAGAUGAAAUCAACUGCCGUAAGUCGCCUUAUUUUAUCACUUGCAUUGUGCUUUAUUUCCCAUUGCCUCACGCGAAAAAAUUAAAAGUAAAUCAAUAACUAAUACUAACAACAACUUAUAAUAUUUUGAAAAACGUGUUAGUAGAUAGCUGUGAACUGCUAGUUUUAGUCAAAGAAACUAAGAAGGAUCUCGAUGAGGACACGCGAAUAGAAGAAAAAGGAAGGCAAUUAUCUGCUGCAAUAAUCGGUUUAACUGUCAACAAAACACUUGGCUAUAAUGCUUUGAUGCUCUUAGCAGUGGACAAAUUAUAACUCCAUUUCUACCAUAAAAUCUUCAGCAAGAAUCAACGACGGCAAUUGUUAGGCAAUUUCCUGUAUUAUGUUGCGCUCGUGAGAUUUCUAUCACGGGAUUCAUGCUAUGUUAAAAUCCACGUUGAUGCAUGCAAGAGUGUCAUGUCUGCGUUACAACUUAAGCUUCCAACAUGACGUAGGAACAUGUUCAGUCGGCUAAUCAAGCAAAAGGAAACGCUCACCUACAAACGCACAUACAUUUGCUUGUUAGUCUAAUUUUUGCAAUACACAGAGCAACUUGUAAGGCCAUAAAAACAGCAGCCGAUGCAAGAGCGGGAAAAGUGAAUUUAUUUAGGGUUCCUUUGGAAGAACUAUAUGGCUUAAAGGGUUAAAGGCUUGCGCUUAAAACCUAGCGAAAUUUACAGCUAUUUGAAUGGAAAAGGGUCAAAAGGCAGGCUAUUUGCAAAUAAUCACACUCAACGAAUGGAAAGGAAAUGAAAGGAAAAAGAUCGAGGAAAACUAAAAGAGGGGAAAGAGAAAGAAAGCAAUGUUUGUACUCUUAGCUUUUACAUUAGCUUCUUUGGAGAUCAGUUUUUGACCGACUAAAAAAAACCGCUUGACGGAAGAGGUCUAUUAUUUUGGCGGUAACGUCAAAACCCCGCUUGAUAUAGAAGCGCGUUAAUGUGGCCGUAUUUCAAACUCAAAUACUGUAUCGGAUGUGUGAAAAAUAAGCCAAGCUAAGCCAAUUUGGUUAAAAAGAAAUCUUAGUUGUUGUUGUUGUUGUUUUUUUUUUUUAACGCAAUUUCCUAAACACUAACCAUGAUGGUCUCGCUAUUCCUUUGGGCUUAAAAACUCUCCACCAACAAGUCUCAGGUAACAACCAAUAUUCCUAAAACCUCUCUUGUUACUUUCAUAAGGAAAUCCAUGUUCUGAUUAUCAAUGUCUGGACGGGUCAUGCAUUCCCUGGGAAAGCACAUGUAGCAAAACCUCAUUUUGCAGAGAUAAAACUAACACGCCCUCUAUUUGUGGUAAGUAACUAUAAUCAAGGAACCAUAAAGCUGUUAUUCUCAUAGACUGACUUUCAUGAGUGUUGGUUGAUUUAUUUGAACUUGCUAAGCUUUUUGAUCGGCUGUCAGUCAGCAAGUAGUGAAAUAGUCAAACGCAGCCUUGAUAAAACACCAUUUCAUAAGUAGGUGAAAUAUGAUCUCCCGGGUGAAUAAAGUCAUCUUCAAAGUCAAAGUGAGUUAUAUCAAAUCAGUUGAUGGCACUUUGGUUAUAAACGUGAUUGAUCAACUAAGUCGCUAUGUUAUUGGUCGUCUGUCAGAAAGGGUUUGAUGCUAAUUGGCUAUGAAGACUGUAAGUGCAAUAAGUACGUUUGAUCCGUCUUUUGUCAUAGAACGGUCGUUUUAUUGUUAGUCAAGUUUUCCGUUUUCCAGUCAUUCUAUCGUUGUCAGUUUUGCUCAGGUCCUUCAUGAAUAAUUCGUAUGUAUGGUGUUGGUAGCUGCUGACUUCAAUUCAGUGAACCAGCUUUCGAAAGUGAGUCGUUGAUCUUAAUCUGUUUUCAAGCUUUGGCGCUGGCCAUACUUGCUGCCUUUUACUUAACAUACGUUAUUUCCAGGAUCUGGAAAGUGCCAUCUUAAUGACCUAGCCUGCUCAUCGAAAACAUCAAUUGAAAAUAAAUUAUGCAGAUCGUUCAGAGGUAAGAAAACAGCAGAACUUAAGAUCCUUUACUCACUUAAUUUUCAUGCAAGCAUUUCACAGGUUUACUCAGAAAAAUUGCACUCCUAUCUUAGAACACAUUUAAAGCCCCUGUGUGCUUUAUCACACCUUCGGGCAGUCACGUGGCAUCGAAGCAAAAACAGCUUUUGUAUUUCCCAUGAUAAUGGAGCUCUCAUGGCCAUGUUCUUCGCAACUAUAGCAACUAAUUGUCACCGAAUUUUGUCAAAACAAGUCUAAGGAAUAAACGACAACCUUUUAAUGGGAAGAGGAUCGGACAAAGACGUAUUUACAACACAAAUUGAAUAUGCCACUUGCACAUUUCCCUUAAUGCACCUUAUUUGCCCCCCAAACUUUGGCCAACCUUUGUUUUUCAUUUCUCCUGGGUAUAACAGCUGUCCCAAGAGAAAUUGAAAGCAAUACUUAUGGAAAAAUUUGGGGGGGCAAAAAAGGGGCAUUAUGGGAGAUGUGCAAGUGACCUAUACAAAUUUCCUUCGGGGAUGGUAUUCAUCUCCCACAAGUGACAAUCCCCACCAACAAGUCUAACACUGGCUGCAAGAUAAGGAGUAACUAUUUCUUCGCUAAUCUUCAACUUUGGCCAUUCUUUCUUGAUAAAAGGACAUUGCAACUUUCAAAAUGGUCUCUGUGGCCUAAGAACCGACAAAAAUGAUGCAAUCCAGUGGACUGUGGGAUCAGGACAAACACCUACGGAAAGCACUGGACCGAGCCAUGACCAUACUUCUUUUAACAAGAAAGGUAGGGUUACCUAAAUGAGAACCUUGACCCCUUGCCUAGGUACAUGUGACUUUGAUAUCUAAGAGCAUUAUAAUGUGCCUUUUGUUGUGAAGGGAUAUAGAAACCUUCCAAAAGGCAUUUACCGAAUGUAAUGUUUCAUAUCGUUUCCAUAUGACAACUACGUAACAGUCAAAGUUCUGUACAGACAAUUAUAAGAUAUCCUUUGGUUCUAACCUCACCAAAAUAACAACUAAAUACUACUGACAUUUUAUCACGCCGAAAACGAGAUAUGUAAAGGCUAAGUUUGUAAUAGAGGCGAUAUUAUCAGAUUCAUAAGUGUUUCCACGUAUUCGGAUUCACAAACUCUGUUAUUGUAAACCUAGCUUAAGAUUGACGUUUCAGUGAGAAAAGAAUCGCCAAGGAAAUUCAGCACAAAAUUACUGAAGCCUUCCGAAUGGAUAUUCCAGUGAUACUUCGACUACUCUUUCAUGAUGUUAUUGACGAUAUUGACGCAUAACAUGAACCACCAAAAUAGCGCUAGAGCACUCCCUGUUCGUUUAUCUAAAUAGCCUACAGAAAGUGAACGAAUGCCAAAGCUGAAGAGGGGCAACGAUAAACAAGAUGUUCACCAUAGUUAAAUAUUACGGGUGUAUUUGUUGCAGUUAAUUUUUUAUUUCAGUUAAUUUUUAUUUUUCAUUGUUUUUGGGUAUGGUAAUGUAUGCCAAUGAAUUUAAAACAAAGGAAAAACAAAAAUUAACUGCAACAUAUACGUUUCAGGCUCUUAUAUUUACAUCGAAGCGUCUCAAAGGAAGCCUGGGGAGAGGGCUAGGCUACUAAGCAGCUGGAUGGAACCCAAUGAGACAAUCUGUCUGCAGUUCUGGUAUCAUAUGCACGGAUCGAACAUUGGAAAUUUGAGUGUGUAUUUGAAAACUAACCAAUCAGAGAGUCUUGUCUGGAGACUUUCAGGAGAAAACGGGAAUCGCUGGAGAUUUGGACAGACAGCCCUUAAUAGCCCAAAUUAUUAUAAAGUGAGUUAUAGCAAGCUGCAAAUUCAGUCACCUCUUGUCGCCCACCGCCACGCGGGGUAUAUCCUAUAUCUCCCCUCCAGAAGGUGAGCGACGUGACUCGGUGAGGUAGCUUUAUUCGCAUGCUAAGUAAGUAAAAUAGUUUUAGUAACCACCAGUUUGAAAGGCUUUGCUGUAACAAAACUUCUAAAAACAUACACCCUUGCGAAAUGCGUCUCUUUAACCGUAGAUCUAGAGCUCGAGGUCUGAUCAUGAUUGCUUAGCUGAGACUCAAUGAGCCAAGGCAGAAUGUGUUUUCGGUAUCUAUUUCAGUUUGUUUUAGAAGGAACAGUUGGUGGCGGAAGUAAGGGUGACAUUGCAAUGGAUGACUUGAUGGUGUUGGAUGGAAAUUGUGAAACCAUUCUGAAACAAGGUAGGUUAACUAAUGAUGUUCGGCCAAUUUAGAACAGUUGUGAAAAAAGGAUUGAAUCGUGGUCAUUGUAACACUCACUGUUUUUAGCCACCCCAUCGCAACGUAUCAGGAGAACAACCAAUGUCGUGCACCACAUGCCUUUGUACAGCCUCAAAUCUGUGUCCUGGUUUUUCGUUUUUCUGUUUUGAGCGUGCUUUUCUUGCUUGGGGCAGGUUUCUUCAGAAAACCACGAAUACUGGAUUCAUUGAGUUAUCUGGAUCUCAUGGCUUAAAGGAGACAAAAACUAUCAAUAUCUUUAUGCAAUAUGACAUUAUUCUAAUGGAAGUUUUUCAAACGUGGUCAGUCAUGAUCGGUUAAGCAAAAACACUUGUAUGGUGCCCAUUUUCGGCCUUUGACUCUUAAUUCAUGGAGUGAUUCAAAAUCCUAUGUUGUGACUGAAGACGGCGUUACCAAUCAAUUUGAGGAGAGGAAAAAAUCAUCAAGUCUCAAGGUCAAAACGCCAUAUUGUGCUUUACUUCUAACUGGUAGAAAAAGCAGUGUUAACUCUCUUUCGGCUGUUAAUCAAGGAAAAUCAUUUUGAUGGAAAUAAUUCCAUUCAGAGCCACUAAAAAUCUAAAACGUGCUAAUCAUAAUUAUGUUUCCUUUACUCUGACAAGGGAGUCCAGACUGCCAUUUUGAAGAAAGUAUGUGUGAGUGGGAAGCCCAGGAGGGAUGGGUCCUGGAUCCAAUCUUGGUGGGAUUGGAGAAGUGGGGUAAGUUGACCAAUUUUAGGAACAUGGUCUGUCAAAAGGUGCGCCACCAAGCCGCAGGCAAAUUGGUCACGACCAUCAACAUGGAUAAAUUUUAAUAAAUUAUGGAAUCUGAAGGAUACAUUUUCCUUAUUAGCUCAACGGUGUUUAUAAAACGUAAUUAAUAUCAAAUCAUCACAUUUAAUCUAAGGCUCUCUAUCUGGCAUUUGUCUGUGCAGUCUUUUGUUUCCCUUCAAAAAUUCCAUUCUAUUUAUUUCCUCUCCAUUUCGACUAGCACUGAUAAACCAGAAAUUAUUCCCUCCCUUAAACAGAUCAGAUGUACCACUUCUUGUCCUGCUGGUUGUUGCAUAAGAAUACAUUAUACCGAAACUCUUGUUCUUUGUUGAUUUCGUGGUUCUCGUGAGAACGGUGCAUCCCUCUCUUCGUUUUUCCAAUAUUAACUGACUGUUUCUAAUCCAUCUCAUCUUGUCUAAUCUUCCUUCUCUCAACUCUAUGGCUGGUUGGUAGAGCGCCAGUUAGAGGAACAGAAGGUCGGGAGUUCCACUCCAGGCCGAACCAACAUUCAGGGUACGUCUGACAAUAUUAGUUCUACAAAAUAAUAUCCUGUCUUGAUAUGGCUCAAGUGACUUUAGUGAAUCUAGUUCCCAAUGAAGAAGAACUAGUUUACUCUUAGAGUCUGAUCUGAAAUGGAAUGUACAUAUCUACAUCCAGUGUUCUUUCAUCUUUGGACUUUACUGCACUUGCUGAUAAUUGCCUUGCCCGAAAAACCUGAUUAAACCCUGGUGAACUUUGGUGCAAGACUGGUUCAACUUAACAAUGUGUCGGGGUUAUCAGACCAAGCUUUAACUAAUGCGCAAACACCUACCGUAGAUUUCAACUAAUCCUACUAGGAUAGCCUGGUAAAACCAGACAAAACCAGGCUUUUUUGCUCAAUGCGUUAGUUAAGACCUGGACUGUCAGAUUGUUAGGUAAAUUUCAACCAGAAUUAACACGAAAGCAUAGCAUAACGUUCACUUUAGGUUCAACCUGGAUGCAUUGGGCACUAUGUUUUCAAUGGUCUAGUAGGCCAGCUUCAACUAGGUUUCUCCAGGCUUCAAACCAGACUUAAUAAUGGUCUUAAGUUUGAACCAAAACCAAAGACAAUGUUAUUACCGCUACGUAAUGACAACAAACGACUUUUUUAUGUUUAUGUUCUUUAUAGGCGGAUAUAUCUCGCUUGCUGGCGUAACUGCAACGCUCUCAUCUCCGAUCAUCAACACGCACGAUUACGAAUGGAAGUGCUUCCGUUUUCGGUAUUUCAUUGGCAGUAUACAUUUUCAUCACUUUGACAUACAUUUUUUAAAGGUGAUCAUAAGAAGUGUGACAUCAAAUCAGACUAUGCAGCUUUUCUUUGACGAUAAAGUAACCAAUGAGUUGCAUUACGUACAGAUACCCAUACCCAGCAAUUACUCUAAUGCGCAGGUAGGUUAUCUCUCAUUUUCUGUGCCAAACUUUGAUAGCGAUAUGUGAUGUGUAAUGAGUUUAUUUUAAUUUUCCGGUAGAAAUAACACAUAAACUGACGAGUUACGAAAUUAUUAUACUACUUGAAAUUCCUAAUUGUAAUCAUGAAUUUCAUGAGCAUUCUUUAGCUACUAGUUAAAGAAAAUUCAAAGCUAUAUCAAUCAUCUUUCGUUUUUCAUGGACUGUUACCAAACCGAUAGACGUGCUCAGAAUUUGCUGGGCUAACACCUAGAGAUCGAAGAAAGCAAGGUAGGGAGGGCGAUUUUCCCUUUUUGGCGUGUGGAUUAGGAAUAUUGCAUUUGUACCAUACAAUACCAUGAGAGAUAUAACCAGGCAAACGUAGACAAGCUCUCUCUCUCUCUCUCUCUCUCUCUCUCUCUCUCUAGAAGAAUAUUAGGGCACUUUUCUGACGUUUCCCUCUUUUGAUGAUAGAUCAAGCCUUUUUGUGUGGUAACUUUUGACAAGCCAUCUAACAAAGCGUCAUGAUCUAACCUUUCUGCAUGCGAGAGGUUCGCCAAUACCAUAUAAUCCUCACUUAAACAGAUCACUAUUUGUGCUUAAGAGGGCACGAAAGUGCCCUAUGCCGUGGUAUCAGCCAAUUCAAAAGCUUUAAAUCCAAUUUGUUGGUCAAGAGGGAGCUAUUGACUUACCAUUUAUCCGCCACUCAAUUCUCUCGAUCACCACAACCUUUUAAAUCUGAGAUAUCUGCGGCUUUAAAAAUCUGCCGUGUAUGUGUUUGACUUUUCAUGUCGAUGAAAGGUUUCAGAAUUCGAAAUAUGCCCUUUUUUCGUUUCCUAAGUUCGGACAAUAAAAAUCGCUAUUUAAUUUUCAUUGAUUGAGCUCAAAAUCAUACAGCAAUUAAAGCAAUCAUUUGGCAAUAUAACAAAGCAAAUUUGACAACAGAAUCACCAUCCGUUAUUUUUUUAUGAAGAUUUGAAGGAACCAAUGUCAGAAAAUGGCAAAAGUCACUAAAGUUCCCUAUUUGCUAGAUGAUACAAAUGAUCAUUUCACCGCAAUUUUUGGAGAGGCAGGAAUAAAUGAUACUAUCUAACUGUACAAUACUGCAAUAGCAACGGGUGGUUUAAUUUUCAGAUUUGUUGGUUACAACAAAAAGGAACCAGUACCGAAAAAAGGUGGUUUAUAAACUCGAUGUGCUUUGCAUAUAGAGGUAUAUGGACAGGUGACUGAAAAAUUCCACUUCAGGUCUCAUUGUGUAGCCUGAUGAUUACAAUAAUAUUGUUUUAGGGAAAGUGUUGUUAUAAUUGUGAAAAAUAAAUUGAAGAUCAUGAAUUAACCUUGGCGCACUCCUUAAUUUUCGAACUGACCCACACACUAUAUUUAACAUGUCGCUUUGUCAACUCCGCAAAGAUCGAUGAAUCUAAGACCUACACAUCCCCCAGCAGACAAGUAUAUAUUUUUAAAGGAAAUCUACAAAAGGUGCCAGCUUAAAUCUCAGUCUCGUGAGUUAUGAAUCAGAUGAAUAACUGUAAAACACUGACCAAACUAGUAAGGAUAUUGGCGCGCUCCUAAACGCGCUGCUACUAAAUGUGUCAAACAAUUGUGUAAAUAAAGGCUGGCCUCACUCGACAAUCUAUCAUCUGUUUAUCGUGAUAGCCCUAGUCUUAAGGUUGCUAUACACGUUUUAUUUUGAAUCAUAGUAAGUGAUAACAGAAUGUUCUUGUUCAGAUAACUUAAACUCAGCUAUAGAGACGAUGGUUUUGUUCAACUCUGUCUAGACUAUAUUUUGUAAUUGGGCUUUGAAAAAGAAAAAGAACACGUAUUAUAAACGACCGAUGUGGUUUACUUUCCUCUCCUGAGAUAGUGCAAUACCGUAAAAAAAGCAUAUUGACAGUUAGCAUAUACCACACAAGUAAAUAGUGCUUUUCGCGCGCUCUGAUUGGUUAACUCGGACGUGAUUAGCCAGCACUAUUCAUCUCCGAGCAACCGGCGCGAGAGAUUUUUAUUUUCUGACCGUUUGUCACACAUAAAAUAACGUUUUGGUCCGCUAAUUUUUCAGCUUGUGUGGUAUAUACUAAAACAAUUAUUCACCUUAGUGUCGGUGAAAGUGAUGGAUAUUCACCGGCCUUGCCGCUUCGUGGUUCGGUAAAUAUCCAUCACUAUUCACCUCCACUUCGGUGAAUAAUUGUUAACUAUGUUUAAAGUGUUGAUAACGACAUCCGUACUUAUCUCAAGACCCAAGGUCAAAGAAAUUCCUCAGAACGAAAAUGGAGGAAAGGGACUAUUGCAAAAAGCUUACUUGGACAGCCCGGAAUAAUUAAUCCUGUGAAAUACGAAAGGCGUGUUUUAAGAGCGCCUAAGACAACUCAACAUUAAUGUUGAGUUGUCUUAGACGCUCUCUAAUUAGAGUUGUUUUCAAAAACUUCUCAGUUUAUUGCAGUCUUUCACCUUCGGAUCUUGACAUAUUGAGAGCUAUGUUUAAAGCAUCGAUAACGAUAUCUGUACCCAUCUCAAGAUCCAGGAAGAAAGAAAUUUUUCAGAACAAUAAUGGAGGAUAGGGACAAGUACAAAAAGCAUCCUCAGACACAAUAAUGAAUCGUGUAAAUACGAAAGACGUUUCAAGAGCGUCUAAGGCAACUCAACACUAAUGUUGGACUGUCAUAGACGGUCUUAACAACUUAACUAAUAUCAGAGUUGUUUUCAAAAACUUCACAGUUUAUUGCAGUCUUAACAUAGGUGUUAGAUCUGCAUUUUACAUGCUAAAUCACCUCUUGUUUUGUAUUGCGGAAAUUAACAUACCAACUAUUAAUCGCGUGAAAUAAGACAAAUGCGUUUUAAGAGCGCCUAAGACAGCUCAACAUGAGAGUUGUUUGUUGAUUACAAUCAAAUUGUUAGUGUUAGAUUUUGUAUUUAAGAUCUCUUUUUUAUCUCAAGAUUUUCUAUAUAUUUAGAUAUAUAUCCUGUGCUCUUGUACAGCUUUAACUUCAACCGAGUACCCACCCCUGGGGGAGUUAGUUUCGUUGUAAUGCAUUGUUAAAUUUUUCCUUCGGAGUAAAAGUGUUACAGCAUUGUUUGCGUUCGUAAAAGAAUUAUAUCGAGCGUCCUGAGAUUUGCUGGAGAUUAAGUACACGUUUCUCAUACGAUUUAUACUAACUAAUGGUAUCUAUAACAAUAUCAUUGAUCUUGAUUAGCUCUCUGCGCGCUUAUUUGUCAUGUAAUCGGCGCGUAAUCACGUGGGUAUCCAAUAACAGGUAUCUAAUUUGAACUUUUCGUAAUUGGGUGCCUGUAAUGGGAUACCCACGUGAUUUGCACGUCAAUUACGCGCGCUCUAAUGGCUUCCGUCGCAGUAUUUCCUAGAUUUCUCAUGACUUAUGAAAAAUGCUACAGACUAUUUUAAAGAAGUUCUCGCAAGAAAUUUAUAAUUUCGAAAUUUGUUAUAGAUACGAUUAAUUAGUAAUUGGACUUCGUGGCAUACAAUUAGUCAAGGAGUAAUCGUGCUCAUAUUUUGAACGCGGCCUCGCAUUUUGCGCUCAUCCAAUUUUGAAAUGACAUGUACUCCCGCGAUUACUCCCUGAAUUGUACUUCACUCAGUCCAAGUACUGUUACUAAUUCAAGUUAUUGUUGAGUGGACAACGGAACUAAUAGACCACUUGUCGGAUAUGUUAAAAUUCAGCUUGAGAGCGCGGCCUAAAGGACCGAUACAAAUAAAAUGAAAUCACCAUGUUUGUUCAUAGCUUUUGCUUGCGUCCUCUAGGCCUCACUAUCAAGCUGAAUUUUAAUAGAUUGGUAGUGGCUUAUUGUUUGUCUUGUCUCCAUGUUUAUGCACCUGAUAGAAUCAGGCAAAGUUCAAAUUUAAUACCCUUCUUGAUAAUUAGCAAUAUAUUGAUUAAUUAAUAGUGUGUUGUCAUGAUAAAUAUACAUCUUGUUUUUGCCUGCUCUGUUAUCAUGAAACGGUAGCGUUGUAUGUUUUAAUACUGUUACAGUGCACAGGCCUUAUUGUGUUGAACUGAGUGGCUGCACAGCCUUUUAAAUUUGAUGUAGUGAUGUUUGAUAAUGAGCGCCUGGUUAAAUAAAAUGUUGGAUUGUUAAAUACAAGAGACUCGUCAGUGUUUAGCAACAACUGAGAAAUGAUGAUAAUCAACAGGGAAAAUACCUGUUGCUUCUAUUGUACUGAAAGUAAUGUUUUGCCGAAAAUUAACUUCCAGAAAUGAACAUAAUAAUAAUAUAUAUUCCUCUUGCGCCUAUCCUGAUAUGUUUUAAGUACUUUACAAAAUCAACAGAACUAAAAAGAAAGAUGUACGAGAUAUAAAUACAUAGUACAAUGAUAACAUCAUCGACGUUCCCCAGUUAAAGUCACGAAAAUUCCCUAUUCAAGUCGCUAAAGUUCCCCAAUGUCGUCACAAAAGUUCCCUAAUGUCACAAAUGUUCCCCAGUCUCGUCACAAAAGUUCCCUAUGAACGUCCUUAAAGUUCCCUAUGGGCGUCACAAAAGUUCCCUUAGUCAGAAAAGUUCCCUGUUUCCGUCACCAAAGUUCCCCAUUUUCGUCACGAAAGUUCCCUUUCUUCUGGCUCUCUCUCUCUCUCUCUCUCUCUCUCUCUCUCUCUCUCUCUCUCUCUCUCUCUCACGAAAGCGAACGUUAAAUUUCUCCCAUUCAAGAAGAAAAAUAUCAGGCCUUUUCCGUAGUUUACAUUUUUAUUACGUUAAAUCCUUAUGAGAUUUUAUUUAAAAAGGAGCCCGAUCGACCAUUCCUAUUCUUAGAUUGAACGAGCAUGCCAGCAUGACAGCUGGGUGAAGUGGUUUUGAUUGGCUAGUACGUUAGUACAUUUCUUAGAGCCCAGUGGCUAUCAAUCAAAAGUAGAUAUUACAACUGCAUUUCUUCCAAGAUAAAAUUUGGUGUUUUUUUUCUACGACUUACAGAUUGAUUUUGUUGCCGGCAAGGACAGCCUUUUAUCUUUCGACCUGGUCAUCGCUAUCGAUGGCGUGUCUUUUUCCAAGGAGCCUUGUGAACGCAUCCCUUGGAAACCGGAGAAUGGUAAAAACUGAACAAAAGUGACAUUUCAGCUAAUUUCGUUCUUUACUAGAUUACUGUUGUCUUUUUUCGCCGUUGUACGGUCAGCGUCAAAGUUAAGUCCUAUUCAGAUUGGAACAAUUUUUGGGUGCGUCCGAUUGAUCGUAUUCUGGAACAAGAAUACGUAAGCGCUCUGUUACAAAUCUCUUGUACCGGAAUUCAGUCAGUCGAACAUGCCCUUGGUAAAAAAUUGGAAACUGAUGUUUGGAAUAAUUUUUCUUAAUUAUUUCACUGAAGAAAACAUGAAUUCUGAGUGAAUUUCAUUCACUUAACGAUUGCACAUUUAACCCCAAAAUUUGAAGCGCAACAUAAGAGACGUAGCAGGAUAGAGAGUAACAAAUUGGCUAAGACAAUGUUUCCCUGGAUUUGUAGACCAUUCUUGUGGAAACUUUGACUUUGAAAAGGGGACAUUGGAGGGAUGGAUAGCACAUGGAGCUGCCUUCAGCCACCAGCCUACCUUAGGAGAUAACAUCCGCGCUCGAACGUCUGGGUAUAACAAAACUUCAUCGGGACAUCAGGGCAGUUGGUGGAUUGGCACGUAUGAAAACCGAUCAAAAGCUGACAUUCCAGCUGGAGAAGUGCAGGGAAACACGCCAACCGGAGGUCUUGUGUCAUCACUCAUACGCAUUACAGGCCCAGACGCCAACUUUUUGCUCGGUGGAGGCUGCGGUUCAAAGACAGUAGUCUAUUUAAUGCUCGAUGGCAUUCCCCGUCAAUUUAACGACAAGAUCAAGUGCAAAGAACAAAUGGUCCGAGUCACAUCUCGUGUCUUCAAAGAUUUCAUAGGAAGGGUUGGACGAAUAGUCCUUUUAGACUACGACGAAGGAGGACAUUUAAAUUUUGAUGACUUCAGGGGUGAUUUUGUUUGCCUUGGUAAGAUUGCAAAUAAAAUGUGGCCUAUUUUCUGAUAAAAUCAUUCAAGCAGUGGCACCUAACCUUAGAUCAACAAACGUUUGGUCCAGAAAUUUCGCUAAAAGGAUUCAUGCUCCUAUAACAGACAUCACGAAGUGUCCCCUAAUCGUAAUGCAUACCAGAACGCAAUCAAUUACGUUAGACAUGAAAUAAUAUAGAAAUUAAUACUAACUGCGUCCAAUACGAACUGCCCAAGGUUCGUGUUCUAUGAGAUUCUGGAAUUAACUCUUCAAUAACUUUUUUUUUGUAUGGUCUCUCUUUAAAUUCCUUGCAUAGCAACUAUGAGCGAAAUUUAGCCUGCGUAGCCGGCGGGGUCGUUCACGCGAGGAAGGUUUUAGCAGAGGAACUGCGAAGCCGUUCGCAGAAUGGGGAGGAGAUGUUUCUCGCGGCAAAGCCUCUAAAACUCUCACACGCACAAAAAUAAUCCCGCCUGCAACACAGGCUACACGAAAUUUGAAGUUGACUAUAGAAAAGCAUCAAGACAAUCUAGAUCCACUUCCCUUGUUGAACAGCUUUCUGUUAUGGAUAGGAAAACUCCGUUUUUUUUAAUUCUGAUUAACUCAAACGUUCUCAACACAUUCUUUAACACAAUUUAGACGAACCUCCUUGUGACAUAACAAAAAACUGGUGUGGAUGGAGAAGUUUACGUGGUUGGAAAAGAAUCAGUCAUAGAGAUCUUGAGCAGCAAGGCAGUCAGGAAUCACGUGCUGAUGACAACGCAGAUAGCACAAACGAAAGAGGUACGUUAUGUUGGUUUUUUAAAAAUCAAAGGUCGCUUUGUACUGUGUUCAGCCAUUUAAAGGUCAAAUGAACCAAAAUUUCGACCCUUUUUAUUUUCGUUCAAUUCUAGUGAAAUGUGUUUAAUAUGAACCAAAUAAACAUACUAUGAACUUUCAGCUCAAUUGAAGCAAGUAUCUCCGAGACAUUCGCAAUUAAUAAUUGCUAUUUUUUGGCCCUUAUCUUCGUAGAGCGGUCGGAAAAAUUGUCGGAAAAAACAGCUUGUGAGGUCAAUGUUGGUCGGGUGAAAAAACCGGGAAAUUCAAAACAGAGUUUUUCGAGUCGACUUGGCGCAGAAGUGGUUUGUGCAGCCAUAAACCUGGAAAGAACAGGCAAUUUGUCGUCAAAAGAUGCAAGCUGUGUUUAUAACCUUCUCAUUAUUUAAUUUUCUCGAAGAAUACAUUAUAGUAAAACGGAUUUUAACGACAUUUACUAAUUUCCUUGAGUUGUAAGGGAAAUGUGCGUACGUAAGUUCGGUUUUUUAAGAGAUGCAUUCACAAAAUGUGUUCAUGUAAGGAAGUUCCUGGAUAUAUAAGGUCCGGAGCUCCACCGGGGACACAAAAACAAAAUAUCUUUGUAUAAUAAUCUGCCCAAAGAAAUUGAAGUUUGUCCACAAUGUGUUUGAAGUCACUGAACUUUGUCGCACUCGAGCUGAUAUUUUAAGGCCCACGCUCGAUCGGACACUUGUAGCUUCGCAGAUCACUCAAAUAUUAACAAAAUCCUUAAUAUAGAAGUUUUGGCGUUCAUAUGUGGGCAGAAAAAGAGUUAAUCUUUAUCUAGUAAAUCUUCCCCAAGAUCGGUUUCAAAGCAACCAUAGUUUUUUAAACUUGAUCGUUUCGCGCAGAUAAAUUUUGCUUUGUGUUGUCAAGUUGAACAUGCAUAACACCUGUCAAAAACCUACGCGUAAGUAAGAUUUCCUUCAAACAAAGUUAAAGUUACAUUAUUGCAAAAACUUCUUUCCAGUUAUUUAUAAGAUUUAAUUACCUAUUGAGGUCACUUUAAGGACCAUAGACGCCACUUUACUAGUAAGCUGGCAAAGAGAUGCGACAAGCAAAGAACAAUUCCAUCAUGCUUAAUUUAACUAAAAAAAACUUCAGUAAGGUUGCAAAACAACAAAUUUUCUUUACAAAAACAUAAGGUUUAAGGCUCUUAUACCUGCUGACAAAAAAGAAGUGAAUUUUCUGUACGGAAACAACCUACCUAAAGAUCUUAAAAGCAAAAGAUAAGUCGCAAGCUUAUCUUUUGCCAAGCCAUGAUUCCGACUACUUCGCUGGAUUAGCUACUUUUAAUAACUGGUCCAAAAACUGAAUCAUUAGAAAAUACAGAAAACUGCACAUAAGGAUUUGUUUUGCUCGCUUCAGUCAAAUCCAGCUCCAGCAAUUGUUUACGGGCAAAGAGUCGAUUGUUUUGGAGUCACUGCCGGCAGUUGUCGUUCUCCGUUACUUCACAGCGAGUGAAAGGAAAACUUGCAUACAGAAAGAUAAAAAAAAAUUAAAGGAAAAAAAAUUUGACUAUUAUUACUUGAGUAACAGUAAAAUGAUCGAAGUAGUCUUUUCUUCUCGAGUAAGCUUGCUAGAAUUCUAUAGUUCCGAGGAAGUUUUUAAAACUUGAAAGCUUAAAAGCGCACAAGUUUGUUCAGUGGCAUGCGUUAGCAUUACGAUUCUUUGACUGAAGACAAGGAUAAAGCUGGUUUUGCAAAAGUAAAUAAAUCUGGGCAUGUAAAUAAAGUAACCAUAACUACUAAUAACAGAAUACAAGCAGGUUUUAAUUCAACCCGGCGAAAGAAGGCGAAGCACUGGACACAAAAUCAACUCACAAAUCGAAUGUACAAUUAUCAGAAAAAUACAAACCUGUUUGGAAAUGUUCAAAACUUUUUAUUCCACCUAAGACUGACGGAAUGAUCUGUUUUUACUCUAACUUUGGUUGUUCUGAAUCCCAAAGUCAUUUUCAAGUGACGAAAAGACAACAACAAAAACAAAAAAAACCCUUUACAAGGAGCAAAAGUUCGCACCUCGUGUAUUUCAUUCAGUCUCAGUCAGAACUCUCACAGAACAACACAGACAAACGCAGGCGAUAAGGGAUGCGCAGAAGCUUGCGCAGAACGUUUUUCCGCCCUGAAAGACCAACAUUGACGUCGUAGAACCCAGUCUAUCACGCGGCCAUUUCAGAAACGUUUUCGCGAAGUCUUCGGAAAUGCUCGGAUUUUGAUCUUUUAUCUUUCUAUAAAGGCCUGGGAAGGAAAAUCUUUGCCCAAAUCUCACUUAGGAUGCUUCUUUUUAGUGUUUGGUGAAGGAAAAGCGACAAAAGAAAAUAUUUCAAUUUUUUGGUUCAUUUGACCUUUAAAGUUUGGCGGUCUCCUUUUAUUUGUUGAACGGGACUUCAACCUUUCAACUGUUUUUGGACGAGAAAAGGUUGUCAAUGGACACCAAAUCAGUGACGCAAAAAGUAAACAUUCAUGCCUGGCAACAGAUCAGCGGACUCUGUAACGAAAAUGUUUGAUAUUAAUUUUGCUUAGAGUUUACUUAAGCCAUCUUUUUCUCGAAAAUUCGUUUCCAACUUACAGUGCGACUACUCGAACCGGGGCAAUUGGAAGAAGAUUGUUCAAUCAAAACGAUUUCUGAAAACAACAAUUUAUCAAAUGUUUUUGCAGAGAACAAUAAAAUUAAAGAUUAAACUAUGGAACCGCUGAAAACUUUAAAACCGUUCGAAGCUACCUGACCUCUUAGGAAACCAUCCUCAAAUUAAUAAAUGUCAUUAGUCCGCUUGCAAAAGAACUUAACAGUCUUUUGUUUCCAGAAAUCUUUGUGAUUAGACAAUCUUCUUCCAAUUGCCUCAGUUUGAGUAGUAGUACUGUAAAAGAGCAAGACCAAUUGCCGUUUGUUCCCUCAAUUUAGUUGCAAAGCUAUCGAGGUGUAUGGUUUGCGAAAAAAGGCGAUUUAUUCGCUUAGUUUACUUGGUUUUAAUUUCUUCUAUUAUCUGGCUGAAUCCACGAGCGGGAAAGGUGAAGCGAAUCCUGUGUUCUGAUUGGCUCCCCGAGCGAACAAGAUGGACCUAUCUUACACUCUUGGGAUUUUCCGCCUUGGUCCCGCAAGAAAAAGGUCUCAUUUGGCCAUAUAAUAAAUCCUCUAUUGACCAAGCUUGUUUUGUCUUGAUGAAAUGAUAUUGGCCUCGUCCGUUUGCGCUUUUUAAGUGACUUCGACUUCGCCUCUGUCCAUGAAAACCCACUGAAAAAGAACCAGGGUCCGGUUCCUGAAAUGUCGAUUACCGUUAAUCCAAGAUUAAAAUUUUGUUCCGCUUUUGUAUUUUACAUUCCUAUACAUUGCUUAGGGUAACAUUUUGUGCUAUUAUUACUGUAUCUCGUAGUAAAGACUAAACAUUAUAUUGUAACCUCGAGUUGCAUGUUGUUAGACGAGAAUACCAUGCUUAAAAUUUUGCUUAAUACUGGCUUAAACUUAACCAUCUUUCGAGGAACCGGGCCCUGACCAAUAUCCGGCCAAUUUUUUCUCAUGCUUGGACAAUAAAGUGUAUAAAUACAAGACCGAUAAGAGACGUUUAUAACGUACAUUUGGCGUUGAUAGUAAAAGGGAAUUUAGAUAGUACUAGACCACAAAUAUAUGAGUCCCUGUUAGCAACGUGACCAGAAUGGGUCGUUCGCAGUUGAUGGAUCAGAGUACUUACAACAAUUACCCUAUUACAUGGUCGACGGAAUCGGCUCCCCCACUGGACAGUUAUAGGACCAUCUCAAAUAACUACUAGGUACAUUUAUGUCAAUAAUCCAAAUGCUUGCAAGUUAAUGAUUUCCAAUUCUACAGUUAUAGAAGUCAUUGAUCUGGACAACUACGAAAUCCAUCUUCCCGACGAAAGUCUUGGAUACGUGUCUUUGUCGGAUAUUCCUCCACUUUACGUUGGCCUUACUUCGUGCUUCUGGUUGAACACGGUGCAUAGUGGUUUUGUUAUUGAGUACAAAGUUGUAUCAGAACAAAACGAAUCAACUGUUCUUGGAUUCUACUAUGACAAAAGCACCUUUAGAAUUCAUUUUUACAAGAUAAUAAGGUAAAUUGAUGCUUAUGGUUAAGUAAAGUUAAUUCAGGCAAAAUCGAAAGGCAAAGGUCUGGAGAAAGGGGUAAGCUGCUCAUAUGUUUUUCCCUACUUCUCUUUGUUCUCUUGUUACUGUCUGUGCCAUGCAAGGCGGCAAGAUCAUUAUACAGAAGGAUUGUCUUUCAUUAUAAUAGAAGCUUCAGGUUUCAAUUUUUUUCCAUGAACUCAUUAGGACUGCAAAAAAUUGAAAGCUAUUUGGUGGCCAGCACUAAAAUGUUUACGUAUUUCUGUGGAGUUGAUAGGAUUUUCUGAGUCUGUUGUCACUAAAAUUAGAAAUCCUUACUUAAGACCUACCUAAGACCUACAUUAAAAUUUGUAAGCAAUAAACUGUACAAUGUUUGAUAUUGCCUCGUGCACAGAGAAAUCGAACUGGAUGUGGCUGAUGGAUCGUGGCACCACCUGUGUGUGACAUGGGAACGAAAAAAUAGGCUGCUAAGUGUUUAUAAGAAUGGUCAAAGAAAAUACCUGUCCAACGAAUAUAAAGCAGGCGCACGGAACAGGAGGAUUGAAGGUACUCUGCCAUUACUUAAGUGGUAUACUAUUUACUCAUUAUACAGUAGAACCUCUACCACCCAGCUCUCCACAAUGGUCACUUUUUGGUGUCCCAGAGGAUACGUUCACUCUUGUUCUAUUGUUUUAAACUCUAUAUGACGUACCUCUCACAUCUCCUAAGGUUUAACUGUAUUGUACACUUACAGCUUCUAAGCUUGGGAUUUCCUUGAGUUAAAUUUUUUGGGGUUUUUUUACCACAAAGAUUGAUUCCCCCCGAAUGUGCUCCAUCCUUCUGCAGCAUUUUUCCCUGAAUAGGUUGAAUCCUCAACAUCAACUGACGAAUCUUACACUAAACUAUACUACUCGAGUCGAGUUAGCAAGAGAUCCGAGUAACCUACUGAGGGAAGUGAUUCUGAUGCCAAUGAGUUCGUUGUUCUUACAAGUCUUACAAUUCUACCCUCAAUAAAUCGUUUAUCAAAGUUGUAUGAAUAAAACUAGAUUAUCCACAGUAAGUAAUCACGGGGCGUGAAAUUGUAAAAAAACAAUAAUAUGGCUUUGAGGCUACAUAGAAUGUAUUGCAGCACCUCACCCUAAUAUGGCGUAUGCUGCUAUGCCUGUUUUUUUGUAUUUUUCUCCUACAUCUUUUUGUUUUGCCGUUUGUCCUUUGUAAGAAUCCUGAUAAAUACAUCUACGUUAUUUUGGAAUAUAUUGACAGUAAUCAAAUAAGUACACAAAACACUGUUUAUAUCUUAUUUUUUGUUUCGUUCUUGCCACCCCCGAUAACUUUAAUGUUAUUUUAUUUCCCUCUAAUGUUUGCUUUAUAUCAAUGGUCAACAGUAUUUGCUCUUAAACAAUGAAUCUUUUUCAGGCGGAGGAACCAUGACAAUCGGUUUUAGAUCGCCCUACCAAAACAUAUCAGCCGUGCUGGGUAAACUGAGCGGAUUCAAUCUAUGGAGCUACCAGAUCAAAGCAGAAGAAAUACUGCGCAUGUCACAAGGUUGUGGUAACGAGGCAGGAGAUGUGAAGGCAUGGGAAACAGUCAGCAAAGGAUUGACAAAAGAAGUGGAAGUAAAGUGGCAUAGAUCAUGCAGAGAUAGAAAAGGUAAGUUUUAUCUCACAAGUUUAAUACCACCUGACAGGCAACAAGAUUCGGUACGAUCAGGGAAAAGAAAGUUCGCACUUACUGCAGUUUUUAAGCGCGUCGUAUCUAAGCUUUGAAUAGUCUCCCCGCAGACGUCCUUUGGGGUUCGUUUGUCACGCAUUCAUCGUGACAAACGAACCCCAAAGGACGUCUGCGGGGAGGCUAAGCUUUGAACAAAGAACGUGGAACUCGGUGACACAUGUGUGCCUCCGCUGACGUUAGAGGAGUGCUUUCCGAUAACAGCUCACAUGGGAUGGUUAAGUUUGUUCUCCUAUCUCAAUUCUCUUUGAUACGACUUUUCUAUUUAAGACUGUAAGGCUGAAACAACCGCAAACGUUAGCUAUUUCGGGUAGGCGCAGAAACAACUUCAUUACAAGUUUAGUAUCUUUUGUCAGUAGGUUCCUGCUUUUGUUCCAUUUGUACAUAACUAUUUUGAGAGAAGCAGGUUAGUUUGAACUGACCUCAACUCAAGUUAAACGAGCCACUUAAUGAGAAAAAUAGGUGUCUAGAGUAAUCGGUCCCUGGUGCCUCUUACUAUUCGUUACCGGACCUGUGUUACCAUUGUUUUUCCUCAUGUUCAACAGCUGAUCGAAUUGUGUUAGACACCAACACUACACUCCUCAACCAAACAGCUAUCCUUGUGAGCCAGAAGUACAACAGGUCGCGUGAUUGGCAUACAAAGUGCUUAAAAUUUCGUUACAUGUUGAGAGGGCCUGGAAGGAAGAGUUUAACAAUUUACCAACAGACUGGUAACUAUCGAGAAGUCCCUAUUUGGAUUUGGAAAACUAGGACUGGUAACAACUGGGUAUACGGCCAAGUCCCUUUAAGCGCUGUAUCAGCGUCUCAGGUAAAACAGUAAGAGAGAUACCCCCAAAUACUCAACUACGCAUUGCUACUUCGCAUAGAUUGGUGUCCUACCCGCCAGACUCUAGAGUAGCUUAUUGAGACUGGACACUAACGAGCGAAAUCGUUGGUGUAGUUUAUUACAGUAAAUUUCUUUUGACCUUAAAUUGUAAAUAUUUUAUUAUCCAAAUCCCUCAUGAGCUUUUCAGGGACGCUGAUUUUGGGACUUCUGCCAGAUUGCUUGUGGCGCAAUUUACAAUUAAUAAAGUUAUGACUUAUUAAGGCUCCCUACCACAACAGGGACUACGUACCCUACACUCUUAAAAAAAUGGGUGUGGGCAUUGGUUUGAACCAGUGGCCUCCUGCUAAGAAAAUCUGUGGUUAUUCAAUUGAGUUAACUAACCUAGUGACGAUGGCUUUUAUACAUCAUGGGGAAAAAUUUGCAAAAAAAAAAGAGGCACUGGGCAAUAACUCUAACCAAAGAAGUCUCAGAAACAUUUGAAUUCCCUGCUUCGGAUUGGCCAGAAGUGCAGAGAAUUGGACUUUAACAAAAUUGGGUGGCGGUGUUGGGUAACCAGUCGAUAUAAGUAUGCACUGGUUAAUAGCCAAACUUGCGUAUUAGUGUUUGGUGAGAGAAAGCGGUGCCAGUGCUAACGCAGUCUUAUUAAUAGGUCUUUAUAAAAGGUAAAGUUGAGAAGAAAGAAGCCUUCGUGGCAUUGUCAGGACUGUACGUUGAGGAGGACCCGAGCAUUCAUUGCCAACACCUACCGCAGUUAGCAAAACAAGGUAUACUGUCAUUGCCAUUUCCCCAUAAGUGUGUCCUUUAGGUUACGUCACAUAUUAAAGAAACAGUGUUUAACUCUACAACAGCAUAAAUCAGGGAGAUAAAAGUAUCACUUAGCGUGACAUCCUGAACAAGGAGAAGACCUUAUCAGCUUUCGCUACGAGACAUCCGUUCUAAAACGGAAGCAAAGUUAAGGUGGACAAACUCCAAAUGGCGUAUAGUUUUUGGCGUUUCAGGCUAAUUCGACAUCCUAAGUAUUUUUAUGGACGCUGUGCGUCUGUCGUUUCCGCAUUUUCAGAUGUACAUUUAACUUUUUCCUUAUAUUCCUUACAAAUAUGGUAAGUUAACCCCCUGAGGGGUUAGGGCAAGUCUCUGUUGUUACUAUAAAUAGUAAGAGGGUAACCCAGCUAGUACAAAGUGCCACAUUGACGGAAAGCACCAAAACAGAGCCCCUUCACCACAACCACAACCAACAGCUCUAUUUUGGUGAGCAAUGCAAAACCUACCGAACGUCGGAUGAGGUUCUCUUGUGCCAGUGGCCAGCAUGUAAUCUUAGGUAGUAGUGGCGACACAACGAAAGCAUACCCCUGGCUACCGAAAGGAUGUGUGAUCAACCAAGGAAACGUCUGUCAUAACCUAAGGCCUUGCAAGGCAUUUUUCGUCACGAGUAAAAGCAUUUUUAAAUAUUAAAAAUCAGUUUCGUUUCUUUUGCAGCCUGCAGCGAAACCCUAUUCAAUACCUCAGGAAAUUUCUUCUCCCCGUUCUUUCCUGGAUUUUACUUUGAUGACAGCUACUGCACUUGGCACAUAACUGUUCCAGAACAAAACAUAAUUCGCUUGACCUUUCAAGAAUUUCGUCUGAAUGAUCAUCCCACCUGUGAGGACUGCUUUGUUGAGAUUUUUGACGGAAGUGACGACACUGCACCCUCUAUAGGCAGGUUCUGCGGCUAUAGCUAUCCUCCGAUACUUUCCUCUUCGUCGAAUCACUUCUCUGUUGUUCUUCGGUGUCAAGGGAAACCCUUCAUAGCAAGAUUCAAGGCCUCUUAUUUCUCAGUUGCUGGUACGUUUCAGUUUGAUUAAUUGCUUUGUAACCACAACUUUUGCGACACUGAUUGUUAUUUAUUUCUCAUGAAAUAUAAAUUUGAAUUACCUAUGACAUUAUAAGGCGUAUAAAAACCAGUCACAAUUAUGACUUUAGCGUUAAUAAAUCUCUGUAAGUGUCCGUGUAAUAUAAAAAAAGACUUUUUUAAAGUAAUCAAAUGAUUUUUUUUGUGGUCUUCGCAGAUUAGCCUGGUAACACUGUGUAAAGGAAACAACACAGACUAAGAAAACUCUUUCUUCUUCUUAAGUUCGUUUGAAUGGCCAGUGUCCAUAGUAGUAAAUGACAAUGAUGAUGUCUAGUAGAGUCGAAGUUCUAAUAAAGAUUUAACUGCUUUGAUUUUUGUUUCAGCUUAUGACGAUAAUGGACUUUCGUGUUUACGUCAGCAAGGUAAAUUUCACAUCAUUAUCAUUCCUCGACUGUCGUUGGAAUCGAUGCUACUGUCUUUUACUUAAUGCUAAUCCAGAGAGGAGCUAUCGCAUUUUGCAAUAGCCCGUUCUCCUUAUUUCCUGUGUUAAUUCUACUAAUUAUAAACUGUCAUACAUAUUCUUGGAAAAAAAUAACUUCCACUGUAAUUUUAAGGCAGGCGUCGCUAUACCUCUUAUGUUUGUAAAAUCAAUAUUUCACUGCGAAACAGUAUUUCAUCGCAUAUCGACUCUGACAAGGUUGAUAUUGCAAUAAAACACAAACCUGAAGUCUUAAAUUACUUUAAAAGGUGACAUUAGUGGUAUUGUCCUCUUUUGCACAGGAAUCGUAUCAACGUGCUUGCAUUAGUAGUAUAGGGCUCACCAGCAUCAUUUCUUGCGGGGAAAUACAUUAAUGCCAAUGACGUCAUAGCCUUUUGUCUCUAACUCAUGCAAGUAAUGCGGGGGAGUCUCAUUACGAUAUGGUCAUGUCCUAUUUUGAAGUGGUUUUACUUGUUUGCCAAGUUUAAGUUGAGCGAAGUCAUAGUCUCUUGUCUUAUAUCCUUGUUUUACUACGCCAUUAGAAACAAUAGACCCACCUAAGGAAUAAGAGCUAACUCGCCCGACUCAAAACCACUGAGUAUUAACGUAAUCAAGCAAUUUCUAUUUCCUGCCCAUUUCAUUGUCCAAAAAGUUGUUCCACUUCCAGAUCAGUGAUUCUCGGGUGCCCGUAUUUAUAAGUUUGAGAACUCGUGGGUGUUCGUGUUUUCAGGGUGCCCAUCGAGUUGCAAAUGUGACGAAUUUGGUGAAGGUCAAAGUACAGGCAAGAGAAUAAUGGUGACAGGAGAAGAUUUGCUGACUGUUCCGACUGAUCUUCCCUCCAACACUGGAGCUGUGUAAGUUUACAACAAUUGAGAAUUGCCAAGACUGUAAAGGACAGUGUCCGAUAUCGAGUAUUUAAGUAACGGCUAAAUGGAAACCUAUGACUUAAAUGAUAAUUUUAAUCUCACUGUCGCUCGUCUUGUCAAGUCUUUUCCUAAAAUGUACUUGGCCUUUGUUGCUCUAUUUUAGUACCAUUAAAAACAGAGCUUUACUUUCGUUAGACGAAAACAAACAGACUUUUGCAAAGAAAGUGCUUAUAAACGGACGAUAGCCUAUUUUGAAGGCUGCGCCAGUAAGUGUUACAAGUUUCAGUUACUCGUGAAAAAACUGAAUCCUCCCAAAUAGCAAGAGUUCAAAAGAAAGCAAUUCAACAAAUGUCUUGCUUUGCGCUGCCUUAAAAUAUGCAGGGAAGGUGAGAUUGGUGCGCAUUCUCUCAUUGCAGAACGCCAAAAUAUAGUAAAAUGUUUCUUUUGUACGUAUUUUCUACCUUCCAAUUUAUUUAAGCCCGUCUUAUUGAAAAAGGAUGAACAGCUUCCUUCCUUUCCUAGCAAUGCCGUAUAUCAUCCCCGAAUAUUAAUCUUGACAUUUGCGCUGCAGAUUUUUCCAGAAGAACCGAAUAUCUCAAUUAACAGAAAAAGAUUUUACAAAUCUCCAUCAUCUAGAAUACAUGUAAGUAUGAAAAGUAUCUUUUAAAAUGUAUCUGUUUUAGUUUGCAAUGAUAUGUGCGUGCUUUUAGAAACCAAACGUUAGUAUAACUGUACUUUUUCUAACCUCGGUUUAAGCGACCUGAGCUACAACAUUCUUCUUCGCCUUGAUGGGGACUCGUUCCAAAACGUCACCUCAAUCAAAACACUGUAAGUAUUGAAUUUCGAAUGUGCAUUUUCUCUCUUGCAAAAAUAGGCCAUAAUUUAUAACUAUCCUGGAUGGGCAAAAUCGUUAAAGAGUUAAAAUACCGUAUUUAGGUGAACAGGAACAACGUUAGCCUCACGUCAAUGGGUCAUUUGAAGGGUUUAGAGUUUCUUACGUGAAAAAAAAACAUGUACAAAACAAGUAAAGUACCGCGAUCUAUAGAAUACACCUUUUUACCUUGAACGAGAAGUCCAAAGACUACUGCAAAACUGAUUCAGAACAACGUGUAUUGUUUUUUAAACAUAACAAUAUUUCGCCUGGCCAUACCAGCCUUCCUCAGGUUUACAGAUGUUACUGAACUUACGUAGGAAUCACAAUAUCAUAUAGAUGGAGAAUGUCGCAAUAAAAAUUGUUUGAAAGGGAGAGGUGGAAAUGACGUACAACACAAAAACUGGAAAGGCAAAGUACUAAGGAUAUGAAUUACAAUAAUUCGUCACGGCGGUUUAGGCCAUGAGGUUCAAGAGUCAUGGCUUUAUCUAUCAAAUGCGACUCCCUGGCCUUACGAACUGAGUCACGUGAAGAAUGUAUGAUUUGUUUUCCCAAUUCAGACCACGUGAUGUUCUCCAGGGAAUUUGCCUUUUGUCUUUUCGUUAAUUAUGCAUACAUAGGCACGUGGAUGCACGUGUAUAAGACGACAUUUGAAAAAAAAAACAGUUCUUUGGGGUACAAGCUAAAAACGUCUAUUCUUCUUAAGUGACAGGAUAAUUAUUUGUAUUGGGCUUAACGAAUUUAUCAUUUGAUCAUGUAUCAUGUCGUACACUAACACGUUGCGGUGUCGAAAUUAAAACAUUCUGUGGAGCUAGGCAUAAGCUCAACAUAUCUCUCAUAAUCUCAUUACAUUGCUUUUUUCAGAAGACUGAAUUCCAACUUUUUACGAUCUCUUCCUGCCAAAGGAUUCGGUAGAAUUCCUAGUAUACGCGUUCUGUAAGUAUACAACGAGUUUUGUCAGUCUUAUAUUUCGUUUGUUCUUACCUUGCUGUGGUUACAGAUCAGUGACGUGAACAACAACGGUAUUGAAAAAGGCCGGUCAACACUGGUUGAAGAAAAAAAUAGGACAGGAUGACAGGAUAUCUAAAAGUCUAUUACUACUACCCUAAGAUCGCGCUCAGAUUGCUUUACCUUGUCGAAUACUAUAAAGGGCUGAUGAGGGUGUUUUUUCUGGCAUGAGUAUGAUAAUCACAUCCGUCUCAAAUAAUAUUUUUAUCCCUUUUUUGUAGUGACUUAGGAAGGAACCUCCUUCGCAAAACAAUGAAAGAAACAUUUUAUGGUCUGUCAAGCUUAGAGAUUCUGUAAGUACAAAGAUAAUUGAGUAAUGAUCAUUUCUUUAUCAUAGGCUUGAUUCUACCAACUUUGUUUGUAUUGUAGAAGCUUGCGUUCGAACCAAAUAGAGAAGAUGGAAUAUGGUGUAUUUACCAACAAAAGUAACUUGACACAUUUGUAAGUAUAUUAACAAAUAUUGAUUUUCAACUCCUGGGUACAGCUCCCAAUAUUUAAGCUAUAUCAGUAUGUGCUGCGGGAUGAGGCAUACAGUUUGCGAGGAGCUCAGUCCUUAAAUCGGGUUCACAAUACAAAUACAAUACAAUAACUUUAUUUAAAGAGGGAAGCGCAAUAACCUAUUACAGUUUUCUAACAUACGGUUCCUUGGUGGUAUCGCGUUCCUUUAAUGGUUAUUUCAUUAUUGACAUUUCUUUCGUGCAACUAGGUAUCUUCAAGAAAACAAGAUAACAACAUUGCCUGACGGCCUGUUUGAGUCCCUUUCUAAGCUCAAGUUCUUGUGAGUAUAUGAAUUUGCAUAUAAUGUAUGGCUGUGUUAUGUCGAGCACUUGGUGACUCUUCUCUAAGGAAACAGUAGGUUUUGUUUCCAGAGAAUCUCUAUGUUACCCGCGACUACAAAGUGAAGAGGUUAAAAUAACUUUGCCUAAUAGGUAUAGCAAUGCAGAAUCUAUUAAUCAAAUGUGGAAUGCUUAAAACUGAGAGUUUUCUAACUGCAAAGAAAGCACCACCUGCAUCUUAACGAAGUUCUUCACAUGAAAAACAUCGAUCUGGAAGCAGGGCUACCUUGCCUCCAAAUUAUGUAAUCACUUCAUUGUUUACUUAUUUGACUUCUUACUAGGGAUCUUAGCAACAACCAGCUGACUACAGUCUCAAGGAAAACCUUCCGUGGAUUAAUAUCGUUAGAAUACCUGUAAGUAUUGCAGAGCUUUUACUUAUUGCCGAAAGACAUUUCCGACAGUCGCUUUGGCUUUGCAUUCCAAUGUCUUCGAAAAACGUGCGCCUCUAAUUUUAGUAAAUUGGUGUAAAAUUAUCUGAACACAGUUACCGAACAAAAGUAGUAUCUUGCUGUCGUUAUCACUGUAGACACGUAACAUUUAUGUCGGCAUUUUUAAUACUGUUUUUGUGUUGAAUUGUACGUUCUGAGCACGCUUUUUUGUAAAAUUCCGAUUUUUCCUUUGCAGUUACCUGGACAAAAAUAAAUUGACAGAAGUAUCACCUGAGGCGUUUAGUGAACUACGUAACAUGAAAUAUUUGUAAGUAAUUUAUGUAGUUAUCCAAUGCUUAUACCUUUUGUUGAACGCUUUCAUCAAGAUAACGAGGAAGACUUGAUUUAAUUUUUCACACAGGAAACUGGACCGUUUUAUCCUUUGCUGCUAUGCUAAAAAAUCCAUCAGUGGAGUGGACUGCGACUCCCCAGUGGAUGAAUUUUCCAGUUGCGAUGACCUCAUGAAGAACAACACGCUUCAGAUUUGUAUCUGGAUUCUUGGUAUUCUAGCCUUUGUCGGUAACCUUCUUGUGAUCAUAUGGCGCGCAAGUGAUAAAGAGGAGAACAGAACACACUCCUUCUUGUUGACAAAUCUGGCAUUUGCAGAUCUUUUUAUGGGUGUAUAUCUGUUGACAAUAGCCGUGAUGGACUUAAGAUGGCGGGGAGAGUAUUUCAAGCAUGAUGUCAAAUGGAGAUCUGGAUUGGGUUGUCAAAUCACUGGAGCUCUUUCCAUGCUUUCAAGCGAAGUGUCCGUUCUAAUUCUAACCAUCAUUACUCUUGACAGACUCGUUUGCAUCGUCUUCCCUUUUAAAUUCAAGCGUCUCACUUAUAAGGCAGCCGUUUUAAUUUGCAUCGGCGUGUGGGUGUUCGGUUUCGUUAUCUCACUGAUUCCGAUCAGCGGUAUAAACUACUUCAUCGACGAGAACGGAAACUUCGGUUUCUAUAGCCGCUCAGCCGUUUGCCUUCCAUUGCAGCUAUCUGCAGCAAGACCAGCUGGAUGGGAAUACUCAGUUGUUUUCUUCGUUGGUUUAAACUCUAUAUCUUUCAUUUUCAUCCUGAUUGCAUACAUCUCAAUGUUCUGGACCGUUAAACGCGUUUCCCGUGCUGUGCGAUCCUCGAAUCUGAAGAAGGAAUCAGCCAUGGCCAAGCGACUAGUCUUCAUAAUAAUGACCGACUUCUGUUGUUGGAUGCCAAUUAUUAUUAUCAAUAUCCUAUCUCUAACUGGGAACUUUUAUGAUCCCAAUAAGAUUGCUUAUGUGUGGAUUGCCGUGUUUGUGCUUCCUCUCAACUCUUCUCUUAAUCCAAUCCUGUACACAUUUUCCACCAAAAGGGCAAAGAGAAGCCUUAACCGACGGCGAAAAAACGUGACUAAUUUGGUUCUUAAAUCAGUGCAAAACAGGCGUUUACAAGGUAUGUGGAACACGGUUUUGCUUAUGAAUGUAAACUUUGAAGUGCUGUCUCUUUGUUGCAAAGUUUCUAAGAGGUACUAAGUCAGACUCGUACACAUUGGCUAUUUACGUGUUUUGGGGUGAGAGAAGAUUGGGUUUAGGUUGAGGUGCGCGGAGACUCAUGGGACCCCGUGUGCCUCAACCUAACCCCAACCUUCUCUCCCCCCAACCCCCCCCCCCCAAAAAAAAAAAAAACAGGCAAACAAAGCACGUAAACAGCCACUGGCCACGAGCUACGAGUCUGGUAUUAAGUUGUACUCACUGUUUUGAACAGCAACCUUUUUCCCAUCUCGUCAUUCGUGUCAGGCCAAAGAGAUUCCUGCAAAGCCGGAAGCUACCUUUGUAAAGUGUUUUUGAUGAGAUUAUAAUUGGGGCUGCUAGAGACAAUGGGUGUGUAGCAGCACCGGUGCAAUGACUCCUACGUAAGAAAAAAACCUUUGAUUUAUACCGCAGAGAACGGUGAAAUAGAUAGGAAGUGCGUUCAUCAUAAUUUUGGACGCAUUAAAUAAAAAUGUUCGUGCUAGUAAUAUCCAACUGUGCUUAAGGGUUUAGCCUUGUUACCAGAGUAGUUCCGGCAAUACAUGUUCAUACUGUGAAAGUUUUUUCGUACAAUUCUGUUUUUAGGCAGGAAACAAACAACUGAUUGGUUGAAAACAUAUGAUGACCUCACUCUAGUUUCCAACGUCGUCACUGGUUCCAGUCCCCUUUCGUUAACUAGGGCAACGGAAAUCUCGGAACGAAACUGUAAGCAAGUACACGCAAAAUUAAGGCUGAUUGAAGAAGUUGAUAUCCUGCAAGACGACACCGCUGGAAAAAGCUCAACAGUAAGUUUGUAGAGAAGAAUGUUUCUGCAGAUAACGCAUAGUUUUGUCCAAAUUUCCCUAAUACCCGAGUUAAUUUGUUCACCAUGCUGGGACGUAACAAGUUUAUGGCCCCAUAGUCUACUAAAUAAUGGGGCUUUACUGAUAUUAAAAAUUACUAUUUUCAAAUUUUUUGGUGUUUUGGCCUUUAACCCGUAUCUACUUACAUCCGUCCAUUCGUCCGUACAGCCAUUCACAUCUAAGUUCUCUUCUUCUUCAUCUCUUCAUCGUCUCUUCUUCUUCAUGGUUGGAACCUUCAAUUUUCAUGAGGAUACAUGUAAAGAGGGUUUUCACUCACGUGGUCAGCAGCUAUGCAAAUUAAUUGGAACAAAAGAAAGCUUUACUUUUUACAUAAACAAAAGGUUCAACUCCCAGAGGAUUGGUUUCGAACACCAACAUGGCCGCCGUUUUAUUGUUUUCGAACACCAAUACGGCGAUCAUGUGAAAAGAUUCUAUAAUUUAAUAAUUUCGCUGAAAGAUAACCGUAAGCCUGCAGGAGACUAGUAAUUGAUAACUGAUUGAAAUUCAGAAUGGAACUCAACUCCAGAAAAAUUUGCCCAUAUUUUACCUUGGCUGUCGCCGCCAUGAUUGCUUAAGUUUCCCAUAAAAUUAAAGAAACGAUACCGUAGUCUUGCUUCCAACGUCUUCUGUUAUUUCAGGGCUUUGCUCUCGCCUGGUGUGAAGAGGAAAGUACGUUAAGUAUGGUGUUGUUGAAGUACUUUGCUAAAGAAUCUAAAGAAGACUGGUCUCGCGAGGUUGAUAUUGCUAAGAGCCUGUCUUUUUGCGACCAACCGCAUGCCAGUCUACUUCGAUACCGCUGGCACUCCAAAGGUGAGAAAACUGGAAAAAAAACCCGUAGUUUUCUGUUUAUCUGCCAUCGCUCGCAGGUUAUUAUAUUUGACGUUUCUUGCUUUGUGAAUAGUCCGAGAAAAGUUCCAUGUAAUAGUUUCAUUUUGAGGCUGUAAUGGACCAACUUCGAUACUAAUUCAUACUUGGCUCCAAGGCUAGGAGAAAUAAUGCAUCAGUCCCCGACCCUCGGGAGUUAGCGGGGAAUUUUAAAAUUGGACGCCUGUUAAAACACUUCUAAUUUCCUCACUCUCCGGGGCAAGAAGUUAGUUAAAAGCCCCAUAUAGCGGGGUAUUAGUAGACUAGUUCUAGGCUCGAUUUGAGCCGCUCUCUUCUGCAGGGUCUUGUUCCUCUCAGAGAGCUCUCAGAGAAUGGGCUCUUUUCCCGAAAAACGGCUGGUAAUCGAGCCUAUAGCAGUUCAGAACCGGUCACAGCAAAACUCGAUUCUAAAAAAGUCAACCAUAUACUUUUAACUAUAUACCAAGCAACUGCAGGGAAAUUUUACUUCUACUUUCCAAUUCCAUCACAUCGUACGUACAUCAGACGACUCAAGAUCUAGAUCGACUCAAUUAUGUAUUUAUUUCAAUUCAAACCAACGGCUUUAAUAGAAACUCUCCACUGCGUUCCUUCAAAUUCAUUAAAAAUAUUACUUCACGGGUGCCAGAGAAUUUUUUUUCGAUUGACUGAUGCAUAAACAGAAGACCAAAAUUUUCUUGAGGUCCAGGAAUGCAUAAUACAGUUCGUUCAUUUUAUUACCUCUAAGCCCCGCCUGGAGGUACGUAUGAACUUUAAUAUACCAAAUUACGGGAUAGGGAACAAGAAAUCUUUGAAACCGUGUAUUACAUCUCCUUUUUAGUAAUAACUAUUAACGUAUUUUGCCAUAAAAAGGAUCCCUUCGUUUUAACUAAUUUGUAUAAAUGUCGCAAGCAAAAAAAAGUUAUUCAAGAAUAAUACAACAAAUUGUGCGCAUUUACACAAUUAAAAAUCAAACUUGGUUGUAGUUGUCCCUUGCAGUCACGUGGUUUGCAAUUUGCUGUUGCUUCACUUAAUUUAUUAAUAGUUUAUUUUUCUUGUUGUCAGCUCGUGAUCAAAGCAUUGAGCAUGGUAAAAAGAAGAUAAAUGCAUUAUGCCCAAGAAGUCUGUAAGUUUCAUUUUCAUUCUCUUUCACAGUACGUUCAACAGUUUUCCUGUUACUGACUAUGACUGCAGCGUGGCCGAGUGGUCAGCGCGUCGGACUCGCAAUCCCACGGUCCCGGGUUCGAGUCACGCUCUGGCCACUUGCUGGAUUUGUUAUCGGUUGUCCCGUGUUGAAAGCCUCGGCCACGCUUGUAAAUAGCCAACUGGGUGCUUCCUGCCAGUUGGGGUUCUUAAUCCUGUUAUGUUGUAUUUGAAUUAUUUUGUUUGCAGGUCUACUGGCCAAAAGCAGGAUGGGCUCCUGCCAAAAGGCCAUUCCCGGGUUGCCCAAAGCCUCUGCUUUAAAGCGAGGCUAAGUGCAAGGCUCAUGCAAAUAAAACUCAUUUUCACAAGAACGUUUUUGUACUUAGCCUCGUUUUGAAACUCGGAAAUGGUUUUCCCCUGACCAUACUAACAGUCCCAGAAGUAUUACCGUAAAAUUCCGACAAUAAGCCCCGGGGCUUAUAUUUUUCAAAGGCCCUUUUUGAGGGGCUUAUUUUUGGAGGAGCUAUUAUUCGGAGGGGCUUAUCUACGGAGGGAAAUUUGCGUUUCAAAAUCCAUUGGGCUAGUCACUUAGUUAGAAAUAAAUUUACCGUUUUUGCUCUGUUUUACUUUGUAUUUGAGGGCAAUUUUCCAAGAACAAGCCCCCAGGGGCUUAUACAUGGACGGGCUUAUUUUCGGAAUUUUACGGUAUUUGAAAGAAGAUCAUCGCACUUAUAGACGCAUCGUUUGCAGUUGUCAAAAGAAAGCCUGAAAAAAAUCCAGGCUUGUACGGGAUUCGAACCUUUGACCUCCGCGAUACCGGUGCAGCGUUCUUAGCAAUUGAGCUAAUAAGCCAUGAAAGAAGAUCAUCGAAGUUAUAGACGCAACUUUUGCAGUUGCGAAAAGAAAGCGUGAAAAAAUUUCAAGCUGGUACGGGAUUUCUUUUUGCAACCGCAAAAGUUGCGUCUAUAACUGCGAUGAUCUUCUUUCAAAUAUUUCUUCACCCCGCAGUUCUCAUAUAUGAUUUUCAUUUAUUCAUUUAUUCAUUUAUUCAGUCCCAGAAGUCUUUGCGAAAGUUUACUCGGUCCAGUUCCCUUCUCGUCUCUUUAGCUUGAUGGUUUGUUUUCCCAAAGUAGGUCAUGUGAUAAUACUCUUGAGAACUGUUUCUUUUAAAUUUAGUAUUAUUCCCGCGCAUACGUACGCAUAAUUUAUGACAAAAGAAAUGAAAAAAUUACCCCUAAACCUUCAUUGGGCAAACAGAACAACAAGCUAACUAACGAGGUUUAUUUUUGUUUCAUUUCUUUGCUGUCACUUCGACUAGGACAUUUAGUCUUUCACUUCUUGAGCUUGGAUACGGUCUUAACGUUAACAAUUCAAGGACUUCAAGAAUUAACAGCUAUUUGAUUCGUACGGAAAAGAGGGGAAGGAAAACGAAAAAUAUAGAUAAAGGGUUCCAUCAAGGUCAUUAAACUGAAAGAAAUACCGAGCUGAAGGCGUAAUCAGUUAGUCGAGAAAGGGAGCGAAGCAAACUAACGCCAAGUUGUGAAGGCGGUUACUCAUUGUUGAUUAUUUAUUCCCAAACUCAUUAAUAAUUUAUAAAGAAAAUACAAAGGAAAUUAAUGUUUAAUGAGUGUUUGGAAAUACGAUGAAAAACUGCUCAUUUUUGCAUCCUUAAUUUCUCCUUCGAAAAUCACUUUUUUUGAGAAGUAAUAUCAAAUAUUUCACACAGUUUUUCAUCACCAGAUGAAACACCUCGAAAUUCGUCAAAAAUACUCCGCUGCGCGUCUUAUUUUUCAACUCUCUUCUCGGUGUUCCAUUUGGUGAUGAAACACUGCGUCUCAUGCUUGAUAUAUUACUUCUUAUUACUUUUUUAAGACUUAUUUGCUACGAGUUUGUGUCCAGUUCCACGUUGGAAGAUUUUCUUUGCGAUAAAGGUACAGUUCUCAAUUUUGACGGCGUCUGCACGGUAGCGACUGACGUGAUCAGCGCGAUUGAGCGACUGGAGGAUCUUGGGAUACUUCAUAACAACAUCUCCACAAGAAAUAUAUUGAUUGGUCCUUGUACGAGAGUAAGUAAACCAAUGUGCCGUCUGUAGUAAAACUUCCUGUAUAUUUCCUACUAGAGGAGCCGAGUAAAACACGGAAUUCAACCACUGUGAGGUGAAAAGACAAAAGGGACUUGACACGAUCGUUUAUUCUCAUAUAGCUUGCCUCGAAGAUUCCUCCGGGUUUUUUUUAUUUUGUUUUUGUUUUUUGUUUUUUGUUUUUUCGAUUUUCGAUAGACUUGGUUCCCUUACUCUUUAUGAAACUGAAUUUUGCUAUGGUUGUUUUCAGUUUUAUUUCCAUGCUUGUAAAUUUAUCAAAACGACGCGACAAAUGAGUUGUAUUCAGAAUGGGAAAUGUUAACCUACAAUGCGAAGAAGAGGGAAAUGAUUUAUUUCUCUUCUCCGCUUCCUUUUCGCCUACGACCUCUCGCUGCUGUCUCAAACGUUUUGAGUUAAUAAGAAGAAGAUCUCCAGACUGGGCGAUCCAUGAGAGCUUGCGCAUGCGUUAACUUAAAAAGUAUCAUGUAACCUUAAUUAGCGCUAAUUUUUUGUAGCUUCCUCCAAUAAGAGCUGUGUUGGGAGGUUUUUCUCAAGUAUCUAAAGCUAAUGAACCUGGGGCAUAUACAAACUGGACGGUUGAAGAACAUGGUAGUCAUGGUAACGAUCUUGAGCAAUUUGGACAAUUGCUAGCUACAUUGCUAGGACACUGCCACGGUUCUAGUGAAUACACCCAGGUUUGUCCACAUAGUUACAACCAAGAGUCCUAUUAUGGCUCUUCUUAUUACUCAUUGCAGAGGCUAUUAAGGUCUUACACUAUUCUGUGAUAGAUAAUUCUAUGUUAUCGACUGGGACAGUUUUCACAGUUUCCAGGGGAUUUUUGGACUGUAGAUCUGGAGAAGCGGAGAGGUCUGUUUCUAGAAAGUCCUGGUAACUUUUCGGGCCCGAAAAGCUGUUUUGUGUUUGCCGUAGUUGCAUUCAAGAUCAAAGUUUCAAUAAUUUUGAAAAUGAUACAAAGAAAAAAUCAGUUUACGAAGCAAAUUAACCGGUUUGUGAGAUAGGAGCUGUGCUACUAUUCAGCAGGUUUUGAUAAAAAGUUUGUUUUCGGGCCUGAAAAAGUUACCGGCACUUUCGAGGAACGCGCCUCAGGUUUAAGUGCGGACUUUGGUGCAGAUUCUGGUGCAGGUUUCAGUGCAGAUUUCGGUACGUGCAGACUUCUCUCAUUUUGGUGCAUGUUUUGGUGCAGGUUUUAGUACAGGUUUUGGUGUAGGUUUUGGUGCAGAAUUUGGUGUAGAUUUUAGAGCAUUUUUCAGUGUAGGUUUUGGUGUAGGGUUUACCACAAGGUUUUAGUGCAGGUUUCGUUGCAGAAUUUGGUGCUGACUUGUUAGUGCAGGUUUUGAUACAGAGUUUGGUGCAGAUUUUGGUUCAGUUUUUGGUGCAGGUUUUGGUGCAGAGCUUGGUGCAGAUGUUGGUUCCGUUUUUGGUGCAGGUUCAAGUUACUGUAGGUUUUGGUGGAAGUUUUGGUAAGGGUUUGGCGCAGGUUUAGUUCAAGUUUAAGGUACAAGUACAGAUACAAGAUACAUGGGAACUUUGUGAUCCACAAAGCGCCUAAUGGCACAUUCGUGUAUUGAUAAUAAAGAGCACAAAAGUACUUUCUCACUCACUACCUACUCCCAGGGGGAGGGGGGGUAACUUGGGUUAAUUUUUGCUGGGUAUGUGCCGCUGGUCUCUGAGAGCCCCUACCCCAUUAUAGUCUAUUCUGUGGCCAAUUAUAGACCUCAUAUUAGUCACUUUUGAGCAAAUGUAAUUUUCUUGAUCCCAACUAAGUCACUUUUGAUCAGUUAUCUACCUUAUCAAUCUUUUAAAUAGGUUAUCCUAAAUUGAAUUCACCCAUUUUUUUAGGUUGAAUGAAGAACACUUUACUUUUCACCUACAGCUAACCGCAAAUGUGCAGAACUUUCGUACCCCAAAAAUCCGAAAAUGUGCAAUCCUAUUCAAGUAAAUAUAUUGAAAAUGUAACCACGUUAUAGUUAAUCCAGUCGUGAAAAUGCGACCACAUCUAGCGGAACAUCCCCAUUAGCCUAAGUACCCCCCGCCCCCAUAGCUAUUCUAUGUUUUAGAUAAGAGUGACUGCCUGCCUGAGUUAAAUUAAGUGAUAUGGUUUUUCAAGAUUUUCGUUGACGCACCAAACCCUUUUCGCACCUGUAAUCCCAUUCGUAUUUAGCCACCGUUUUUUAGUCAUGAUCACAAGUGAUCAUGAUUACCUGCAAGUUACCCAACAAAUGCAUGUAGUUUAAUAUUAACCUUUGGAUGAAAGAAAUAACGUUCCUAACAUUGUUUCAAUUUCCUUCAACGUUUUUGUUUUAGCUUCAUGAGAUCAUGAACCUGUGUUUCCAGGAAAAUUUAGACGGGACAAUUCGAGCGUCAUACAUCCGUGAACUGCUGGAAGAAGCUUGGCUUAACUUUGGGGUUUGGGAUACAGCACUUUGA